CUUAUAUUAUAACUAAUGACUUUAACCGUCUAUUCAUUUACAGCUGAAACUGCGCCACCAAACUUCAUUCAAAGACUACAGAGUAUGACUGUGAGACAAGGGAGCCAAGUGAGACUAGAUGUUCGAGUUACAGGAAUCCCUGCACCUGUGGUGAAGUUCUACAGAGAGGGAGCUGAGAUUCAGAGCUCUGCUGACUUUCAGAUUGUUCAAGAUGGAGACCUUUACAGUUUGUUGAUUGCCGAGGCCUUCCCAGAAGAUUCUGGAACUUAUUCUGUCAGUGCUUCUAACAGCAGUGGACGUGCAACUUCAACUGCUGAGUUGCUUGUUCAGGGUGAAGAAGAAGCUGUACCUGCAAAGAAGUCAAAAACGAUUAUUUCAGCUUCUCAGAUUUCACAGACACGUCAGACUAGAGUAGAGAAGCGGAUGGAGGCUCAUUAUGAAGCCACAGCAAUGAUGCAAAUGCAAGUAGAGGGUGGGGUUGUGACCCAACAGCUGGCACAUAAGACUCCACCUCGUGUGCCGCCUAAACCAACCUCCAAAUCUCCCCCUUCACAACUGACUAAAGUGUCAGCUGUUCGUCAGCAGUCUCCCUCUCCUGUGAGACAUGUUAAGGGCCCGACACCCACUCCUGUCAGAGCUGUGUCCCCAUCUACCAGACUGUCUAUUUCCCCAAUCAGACCAGUCAAAUCCCCUGUGAUGACCCGCAAACAGGUCACGCAGGGCUCUGAGGUGCUUCCCCCGUGGAAACAGGAAGGAUAUGUGUCAGAAGCCAGCUAUACUCGCAUGAUUGCUGGAGCAAGACAAGUCCAGACUUCUACCCAUGUUCAAAUGGAACAGCUCUGGGAAGGCUCUGUUGCUGUUCAGCAACAAGCUGGUGCUGUCAAAGAGGUUGUUGAGACUGCAGCGAUCCCCUCAGCUAUCAAAGAGCCUGUAGUACCCCCUACUUUGAUAGCAGGUUUGAAGAACGUGACUGUCACAGAGGGAGAGUCUGUCACUCUGGAGUGCCAGAUUUCAGGUCACCCUACCCCAGCCAUUAUGUGGUUCAGAGAAGAUUACAGAAUUGAGCACUCCAUUGACUUCCAGAUCACUUAUGAAAACAGCUAUGCCCGCUUGGUAAUUCGAGAGGCCUUUGCUGAAGAUAGUGGCCGCUUCACUUGCACUGCUACCAGUGAGGCUGGAACUAUCAGCACCUCAUGUUACCUGCUUGUCAAAGUGUCCGAGGACAUUGAGAGCAGAGAGGAGAUUAUUGUACAGGAGAAACAGACUGUCAUUGAAGGCAAAGAGGAGGCCAUUUCUGAAAUAAGUGUGGUCUCUGUGGACACUGGAGCACCUGCUGCUCCUUUCUUUGUGAAGAAGCCAGUGGUUCAGAAGCUGGUUGAGGGAGGCAGUGUUGUCUUUGAGUGCCAGAUUGGAGGAAGCCCUAAGCCUCAUAUUUACUGGAAGAAGAGUGGAGUAGCACUCACUACUGGAUACAGAUAUAGAGUUAGCUAUAACAAGGAUACAGGUGUAUGCAAAUUGGAAAUUUCUAUGACAUUUGCUGAUGAUGCUGGAGAGUACACCAUCUUUGCCAAGAACCAACAUGGAGAGGCAUCCGCUUCCACAAGCCUUCUUGAAGAAGAGGAAUUUGAAGCCUAUAUGAAGAAACUGGAUGUGACAUAUGUAACGGAAGUGACAACAGUGGUGCAAGAACCCAAAGUGGCAGAUGUACCCCCUGUAGUUAUAAGCGAAUAUGAAAAAGAGAUGAUGCAGAGGAGGAUGGCUCAGCAAACACAGAUGAUGAAGUCUUUCAUCUCAGAGACGGAAUUUCAAAUAUCUGCAAUUGAACAAAAAAUAAUCCAAGAGAUUGAAAUCCGCAUCCUUAAAAUAACUUAUCGAGAAUUGGUGAUUGAGGAUGGUGAGGAGAUGGUCAUGAAUGUUGCGGAGCAUGAGGCUGUUGGAUCCUCAUUUAGCACUCCAGUCAAAAGCUACAGAAUUCUGGAAGGAAUGGGUGUUACUUUCCAUUGCAAGAUGGAAGGAACCCCAUUACCAAAGAUUGCCUGGUAUAAAGAUGGCAAGCGCAUUAAGCAUGGAGGUCGCUAUCAGAUGGAGGUUCUACAAGAUGGUAGAGCUAGUCUGCGUCUACCUGUGGUUUUGCCAGAAGAUGAGGGAAUCUAUACUGCAUUUGCUAGCAAUAUGAAGGGUAACGCUGUCAGUUCUGGAAAGCUUUAUGUGGAGUCCACAGCAGCUGCUCAGCCUUACUACCCACAGGCUGAAGCUGUGAGGAGAGUCCAGUCUACAUCUCCAAUGUCUGCUCGCUCAACUAGUUACUCCCCUGGACGUUCUCCUGCUCGCUCUGUUAGCCGUUCUCCUGCUCGUAGACUUGAUGACACUGAUGAGAGUCAACUGGAGAGGCUAUAUAAACCUGUCUUUGUUCAGAAGCCAUCAUCCUUCAGGUGUUCAGAAGGACAGACGGCAAGGUUUGACUUAAAAGUAGUUGGAAGACCUAUGCCCGACACUUACUGGUUCCACAACGGGCAACAAAUUGUCAAUGACUAUACCCACAAGAUUGUGGUAAAGGAGGAUGGUACUCAGUCUAUGAUUGUGGUUCCUGCCAUGCCUCAGGACUCCGGAGAAUGGACAGUUGUUGCUCAGAAUAGAGCUGGAAAGACAACUGUUUCUAUGACUCUCACUGUGGAAGCAAAGGAAAACUUGGUUCGACCCCAGUUCAUUGAAAAGCUAAAGAAUAUCAGUGUUAAGGAAGGAAGUUUGGUUGAGCUGGCAGUAAAGGCCAUUGGAAACCCCCUUCCUGACAUUGUCUGGCUAAAAAACAGUGACAUUAUCUCUCCUCAUAAAUACCCCCACAUCAAAAUUGAGGGUACCAAAGGACAGGCACAUUUCCAGAUACCUCAGACUGCUGGCUCUGACAGUGCGUGGUACACAGCCACAGCAAUUAACAAAGCUGGCAGAGAUACCACUCGCUGCAGAGUCAAUGUGGAGGUUGAGUUCACUGAACCUGAACCAGAAAGAAGACUCAUCAUUCCUAAAGGAACAUAUAAGGCUAAGGACGUUGCUCCACCAGAAAUUGAACCACUACAUCUUCGCUAUGGCCAGGAACAAUGGGAAGAGGGUGACCUCUAUGACAAGGAAAAACAACAGAAGCCACACUUUAAGAAGAAGCUUACUUCAGUUAGGAUGAAGCGAUUUGGACCUGUGCACUUUGAAUGCAGACUGACCCCUAUUGGUGACCCAAAUAUGGUUGUUGAGUGGCUCCAUGAUGGCAAACCUCUAGAAGCUGCUAACAGACUUCGUAUGAUCAAUGAGUUUGGCUAUUGCAGUCUUGAUUAUGAAGUUGCUUAUUCUAGAGAUAGUGGUGUCAUUACUUGUAGAGCGACCAACAAAUUUGGUGCUGACCAGACCUCGGCUACACUAAUUGUGAAAGAUGAGAAGAGUCUAGUGGAGGAUAGUCAGUUGCCAGAAGGUAAAAAAGUACAGAGAAUAGAUGAAAUGGAGCGAAUUGCUCAUGAGGGUGCACCCUCAGGAGUAACUGGAGAUGACAUGACAGAGAAGACCAAGCCAGAGAUUGUCUUGCUCCCAGAACCCAUGAAAGUAUUUGAGGGUGAAACAGCCAAAUAUCGCUGUAGAGUGACCGGUUACCCCACACCCAAAGUUAACUGGUACCUAAAUGGACAGCUCAUUCGAAAGAGCAAACGUUUCAGACUACACUAUGAUGGAAUUCACUAUUUGGAAAUCACUGACUGUAAGUCAUAUGAUUCUGGAGAAGUUAAAGUAUUGGCUGAAAACCCAGAGGGUACAGCUGAGCAUUCUGUCAAACUUGAAAUCCAACAGAAAGAAGAUUUCCGGUCAAUCUUGCGCCGUGCUCCUGAGAAGGCUCUGGAGGCACCUGGCCCUGAACCUGGCAGAGUAUCUUUUGAUGUUGUGAAGGUAGAUAAACCUACAGAGGCUUUGCAAGCAAAAGAGGUUGUCAAACUGAGGAAGGCUGAGAGAGUUGUUCAUGAAAGAUCCACAGAAGAGACAGAAGAGCUGCGAAGCAAAUUUAAACGCAGGACUGAAGAGGGAUAUUAUGAAGCCAUAUCCUCGGUUGAGUUGAAGUCUCGCAAGAAGGAUGAAUCUUAUGAAGGAAUGCUAAAGAAGAGAAAAGAAGAACUUCUGCACUGGACUAAAGAGGUGCCCGAGUCUGAAAAGAGGAAAGAGGAGGAGGAAGGAAAACUUAAAAUUCCUGUAAUUAGACCUGAGAAAAUUACUCUCUCUCCAAGCAUGGAGGCUCCAAAGAUCUUGGAAAGAAUUCAGAGCCAGACAGUGUCCCUGUCUGAUGAAGUUCGUUUCCGUUGUAGGGUUAUUGGUAAACCAGAGCCAGAGUGUCAGUGGUUCAAAAACGGCAUUUUACUUGAGAAGUCAGAUCGUAUUUAUUGGUAUUGGCCUGAGGACCAUGUCUGUGAAUUAGUAAUCAGAGAUGUUUCAGCUGAGGACUCUGCUAGUAUUAUGGUGAAAGCCAUUAACAUUGCUGGUGAGGCCUCAAGCCAUGCGUUCUUGUUGGUGCAAGCCAAGCAGCUUGUGUCUUUUACCCAAACACUGGAGGAUGCCAAUGCUAAAGAGAAAGACACAAUGGUAACCUUUGAAUGUGAGACAAACGAGCCAUUUGUCAAAGUCAAAUGGAUGAAGAACAAUGCCGAAAUUUUCUCUGGAGACAAAUACAGGAUGCACUCUGACAGAAAGGUGCACUUCCUGUCUGUGCUGAUAAUCGGCAUGCAAGAUGAUGCUGAGUACACUUGUGCUGUAGCUGAUGAUGACCAUAUAAGAACCACGGCCAGACUUUACGUUGAAGGUGCACCAUUGGAAAUUCUAAAAAAUCUGGAGAGUGUUGAAGUUCCUGAGACAUACUCUGGAGAGUUUGAAUGUGAGCUGUCCCGUGAAGAUGCUGAAGGCACCUGGUACUUUGAGAAUAAAGAAAUUACACCAAGCUUAAAAUAUGUUGUAUCCUCUCGUCGUGGCCGACACACCCUGUCUGUAAAAGAUGUUAGAAAGGAAGACCAAGGCAAAUACACUUUUAAAGUGGGUGAUCUAAAAACAAGUGCCACACUGAAGAUGAAAUUGCGCCCUGUAACUCUGAUGCAAGGCCUCUCUGAUCUGACUAUUUGUGAGGGUGAUAUUGCCCAGUUGGAGGUGCGAUUCUCUCAGGAAAAUGUGGAAGGAACAUGGAUGAAAAAUGGCCAGCCCAUCACUGCCACAGACCGCAUUCACAUUGUCAUUGACAAACUUGUCCACAAACUUCUGGUUGAAAAUGUCAACAGGGAUGAUGCUGGAAUUUAUUCAUUUGUUGUUCCCAUUCAAGACAUUUCUACAAGUGGAAAACUUUCUGUCCAAACAAUUGAAAUUAUAUCUCAUUUGAAGGAUGUUCAUUCUAUUGAGGGUACAAAGGCAGUAUUAGAAGCUAAAAUCUCUGCCUCUGAUGUUGCUGCUGUGAAAUGGUACCAAAAUGACAAACUCCUUGUGGCUAGUGAGAGAGUCCAGAUGGUUGCCAAAGGGACCAAACAGAGACUAGUUUUGAACAGGUCCUUUGCUUCUGAUGAAGGACAUUAUAAGAUGGUUGUUGGCAGAGUGGAAACAGCUUGUAAUCUGACUAUUGAGAAGGUCAGCAUCAUCAAGCACAUGCAGGACUGUGUGUGCACUGAAACUCAGAAUGUCACCUUUGAAGUAGAAUUAUCCCACGCUGGUAUAGAUGCCUAUUGGACCUUCAAGAAUCAGCCUCUAAAGGCUGGACCCAAAUACAAAAUUGAGUCCAAAGGGAAGCACUAUAGUCUGACCAUCAUCAACACCAUGAAGGAUGAAGAGGGCCAGUAUACAUUUGCAGCAGGCGAAAAGACUUCCAGUGCAAAGCUAACUGUAUCAGGUGGAGCUAUAAACAGACCACUCCAUGAUGUAACUGUAGCAGAAUCCCAAACUGCUGUUCUGGAGUGUGAGGUCGCAAACCCCACCUCUGAAGGCCAGUGGCUUAAGGAUGGCCACCCUGUUAACUUCAGUGAAAAUGUAAGGAGUGAAGAUAUAGGUGCAGUCCGCCGACUUGUCUUUGUUAUCACAAGACCACAAGAUAUUGGGGAGUACACCUAUCAAGUGGCAAACUCCAAGACAUCUGCCAACCUAAGGGUGGAAGCUGUGAAGAUCAAGAAAACACUGAAGAACCAAACAGUCACUGAAACCCAAGAGGCAGUGUUUAGUCUUGAACUCACUCAUUUAGAUGUGAAAGGAUCCCAGUGGAUCAAGAAUGGAAUAGAAAUUGAGCCUAGUGACAAACAUGAGAUAACAGUAGAUGGAUUGGUUCACACUUUAAAGAUCAAGAACUGUAACUCCCAAGAUGAAUCAGUCUAUGGAUUCAAACUGGGGAAACUCUCUGCUAAUGCCAGACUGAAUGUUGAAACUGUUAAGAUUGUGAAAAAGCCUAAAGAUGUGACUUCCCUGGUUAAUGGAACUGCCUCUUUUGAGCUGAGUUUAUCUCAUGAUGACAUACCCGUUAAAUGGAUGUUCAAAAACCAAGAGCUGAAACCUAGUGCCAAUAUUCAAAUUAUGUCUGAAAGAAAAGCACAUAAGCUGGUCAUUCAAAAUGUUGAUGAAAGCAAUGAUGGAGAGUACACAGCUGUAGUUGGACAUUUACAGUGCAGUGCAUAUUUACAUGUUGAAUCUUUGAGAGUCACAAAGCCCCUGAAGAACAUUGAGGUUCCAGAGACCCAUGUUGCCACAUUUGAAUGUGAAGUUUCACAUUUUAAUGUUCCAUCCACCUGGCUGAAAAAUGGAGUUGAGAUUGAGAUGAGUGAGAAGUUCAGGAUUGUGGUGCAGGGCAAACUGCAUCAGCUGAAAAUCAUGAAUACCAGCAGAGAUGAUUCUGCAGAAUACACUUUUGUAUGCGGAAACGACAAAGUCUCUGCCACCCUGACAGUUAACCCUGUCCUCAUCACGUCUAUGCUGAAAGAUCUGAAUGCACAGGAAAAGGACACCAUCACAUUUGAGGUGACUGUCAACUAUGAAGGCAUCACCUACAAAUGGCUGAAGAAUGGUGUAGAAAUACGAUCCAGUGAUAGAUGUCAAACUCGCACUAAACAGUUCAGUCACUCACUCACAAUCCGAAAUGUUCACUUUGGGGAUGUUGGAGAGUACAAAUUCGUUGCCGGAUCUGCUGAAACCGCCGCAAAGCUCUUUGUUGAAGCUCGUGUCAUUGAGUUCACCAAGCACAUCAAGGACAUUAAAGUUACUGAGAAGAAGAAGGCCAUUUUUGAAUGUGAACUCUCUGAGCCCAAUGUCCAAGUGACAUGGAUGAAAGAUGGUCAGGAGCUUGAAAUUUCUGAAAGGUACAAAGUCUCUACAGAGAGACAUAUGCAUCGUCUUAUGAUCCAGACUGUGCGCAUGUCUGAUGCCGGUGAAUAUUCUGUGGUUGCUGGAUCUAGUGUAUCAAAAGCUACCCUCACAGUUGAGGGCAAGGAUGUGCGUAUCAGUGAACCUGCUGAGAAAGAAAUCACUGUGCUUGAGAAACAACGAGCUACAUUUGAAUUCGAAGUCAAUGAGGAUGACAUUGAAGGUCGUUGGCUAAGAAAUGGAGUUGAGAUCCAGUUUUCUGUAGAUCAGCGUUUCAACUAUGCCAUUAUUAGAAAAAUUCACCGCUUGACAAUCACAGAAACCUACAGAAGUGAUGCCGGAGAAUACACAUUCAUUGCUGGAAAGAACAGAAGUGUUGUGACCCUACAUGUUAACAUCCCUGAGCCUCCUCAAAUCAUCAGACACAUGGAGCCCCUGUCUGUUGAAGCUGGAAAACCUGCACGUUUCUCUGUGGAAGUGACAGGAAUUCCUCAGCCUCAGGUAUCCUGGUAUAAGAACUCUCAAGCACUGUCUUCUGGGUUCAAGUGCAAGUUCCUGAGGGAGGGAAAUGAGCACACACUCCUGCUUAUUGAAGUCUUCCCAGAGGAUGCAGCUCAGUACAAUUGUGAAGCUAAGAAUGACUAUGGAGUAGUCACAAGCUCUGCUUCACUUAAUGUGGAAGUUCCAGAGGUUGUUUCCCCUGACACUGGAGCACCACUGUCACCUCCUGUUGUCAUAACACCAAUACGCAACACCACUGCCAUUGAAGGACAAUCUGCUAGAUUUCAGUGCCGUGUCUCAGGGGAAGAUCUGACGAUUACUUGGUAUUGCAAAGAUAAGGAGAUCAAACAGUCUGAUAUAUUCAGAGUGUCUCAGUUUGAUGAAAACUGUCAGCUGGAGAUCACCCAUGUUUAUCCUGAGGAUGAGGGCGAGUACACAUGUGUUGCUCGUAACUCGGCAGGAAUGGUUUCAUGUUCUGCUGUACUGAAAGUGGAAGUUACAAAAAAGCGAGAGGACAUUGAAGCAAAAAUUGAGGAAGAGGUCAAAGUGCCACCUGUUUUUAGGCACAAAAUAAAAAAUCUGGAGGUCAAUGUUGGCAGUCCUGCAAAGUUCGAAUGUGAGAUUGAGGAGGCUCCAGGUGUGACCUUCAAGUGGUUCAAGUCUGGUUCUGAGCUCAGACAUAGUGACAAAUGCAGGAUUAUCAGUCUUCAUCACACCUCAUCUCUGGAGAUAUUUAGCCCAGCAGUCGCCGACAGUGGAGAAUUUACCUGCAAAGCUUCAAACCGCCAUGGAAGUGACAGCUGCUCUGCUCAACUAAGUGUGACAGAGAUUUUCCCACCAGAAUUUGUAUCAAAGUCCGAUUCAAUGACUUUAUUUGUGGGCAAGCAAGCAAAAUUUCAGUGUGUUAUUUCUGGUUCUGAACCAAUGAAUGUUGUCUGGCAUAAAGACAAUAUUGCCAUUUCACUUGAUGAUCACUACAAAGCGUCUUCUGACAAGAACAAGUAUUUUCUUGAAAUCUUGAAUUUACAACAAAGUGAUCAGGGAACAUACCUUUGCAAAGCUUCAAACAGUGUUGGUACAGCUACAUGCUACACUGAACUGAGAGUUGUAGACAAACCCAACUUUGUGAAGAGCUUUGAGUCAACUACUAUUGCUGUUGGAAACACACUACGUCUUGAGUGUCUGGUAGAUGAAGACAUUGGUGUUUCCAUCAUCUGGAUGAGAGAUGGCAAGAAGCUCCAUACUACAAUGGACUGUAAAUUAGCUUUUGAGGAAAAAACAGCCUGUCUUGAGAUUCAAAAGGCUAAAAUUAAAGAUACAGGUACAUAUACAUGUACUGCUGCCAAUGAUGCAGGAAGCAGCAGUUGCUCUUCUAGUGUGACAGUGCAAGAACCUCCAGUCUUUGUUAAAAGGCUGGAGCCUAAGAUCUUAUGGAAACAAGGAAUGUCUUCACGCCUGUCGUGCACUGUCAAAGGAUCACCUGAACUCCAUGUAACUUGGUUUUUGAAUGACAAACCACUUAGUUCCUCUGAAAAACACAAAAUAACUUUCAAAGCUGGCCAAGCCACUCUUGAGAUUAGUAAUUUAUCUGAGUCUGACAGUGGAAAUUACACUUGUGAAGUGAUGAAUGAGGCUGGCUGUGAAAGCUGCAGCUCUCAAGUAACUGUAAAAGAACCUCCUGCAUUUAAAAAGGAGUUGAAAAUGGUAGAGGUUAUCAAGGGGUGCACAGCCCAGCUUGAAUGUGAAGUUACAGGCACUGCUCCAUUUGAGGUGACCUGGUUUAAGAAUAAAAAUCCAGUAUUCUCUGACAAGAAGUACAGUAUUGUCUCAAAAGAGACAGUUGCAUAUUUGGAAAUCAAAUCAUUUGAAAGUGCAGAUGUUGGAGAUUACCAGUGUUGCAUUUCUAAUGAUGUUGGUAAAAUAACUACAAAAGCAGUGGCCAAGUUGAAAGAACCACCAUCAUUUGUAAAGAAAGUUGAGAACACCACUGCGGUUUUAGGCAGCGCUGUGAAAAUGCAGGGAACUCUGAAAGGUUCUGCUCCUAUCACAGUUCAGUGGUUUAAAGAUUCUGAGAUAGUCAGGGAUGAUGAUCCUAAUAUUAUCACAACUUUUGAAAACAACCUUGCUAUUCUGGCAAUAGCAAAUGUGGCCAUUGACCAUGGGGGGAAAUACACCUGUCAAGCUGAAAAUGAGGCUGGAAAACAAAAAUGCGAGGCCACUGUAUCAGUACAAGAACCAGCUAGAUUUGUUGAUAAACCACCAUCCAUCAGUGUGACUGCCGGUGACUCCGCAACUUUUGAGUGCAAAGUUUCAGGAAGUCCAGAUCUCAAAGUAAAAUGGUUCAGAGAUGGCAAAGAGAUUACAGGAAGUCGAAAAUGCAAAAUCUCUUUCAAAGACAACGUGGCAGCCUUGAAGAUCCUCUCAGCGGAGAGGGGAGAUAGCUCUGAAUACAAAGUUGAAGUGUCUAAUCGGGUUGGAAAAGAGCAGUGUUCUUGCUCAAUUGUUGUUCUUGAUAAAAUAAUACCCCCAACUUUCACAAAAACACUUAAGAAGGUAGAUGGUAAUGUUGGAGGUACUAUUCAGUUGGAAUGCAAAGUAUCAGGAUCCCAACCUAUAACAAUAUCUUGGUUCAAAGAAGGAAAGGACAUUACAACUGGAACAAAAUAUAGAACAGAAAUGCAGGAAAGCACUGCAGUACUGAAAAUUACUGAUUUAGAGACAUCAGAUGCUGGGGUUUUCACCUGCCAUGCAACUAAUGCUGCAGGACACAGUGAAACAAGUGGAACCGUUUCUGUAAAAGAACCCCCAGUCUUCUCUUUGAAACCUCAAAGCCAAGAAGUUAUACCAGGAACUACAGUUGUCCUAUCAGCUGCAUUCACUGGGACAGCACCUUUUACUAUUAAGUGGUUCAGAGAAGACAAAGAAAUGUUAACUGGAGGAACUUGCUUCAUCAAAAAAGAAGCCAACUCAAGUUCACUGGAGCUGCACUCUGUGAAACCAUCUCAGUCUGCAAAAUACACUUGCCAAGUGUCUAAUGAUGCUGGAAAGGUCUCAUGCACAGCAUCCUUAUUUGUGAAAGAACCUCCAAAAUUUGUAAUGAAGCUUGACUUGACUAAACUAGUACUAAAUGGGAGUCUUGCAACUUUGGAAUGUAAAGUCACUGGCAGCCCAGAGAUCAGUAUUAGAUGGUAUAAAAAUGAAACUGAAAUUAGCUCAAAUGAUAAAUAUCAAAUGGCCUUCAUCGACUCAGUUGCUAUGCUAAAAAUUUCCAAAUGCUGUGUUGAAGACAGUGGAGAUUAUAUCUGCCAAGCAUCAAAUGAAGCUGGCAGUGACAGAGGCAGUUGCUUGGUUACAGUGAAAGAACCUCCCGAAUUUGUGAAAGCAUUUGAAUCCAAAGAAAUUGUUAAAGGCACAGAUGUUUUGCUGGAAGGAACUGUGUCAGGCUCUGCUCCCUUUGAGAUUUCCUGUUUCAAAGACUCAAAGCAGAUCCGAAAUGAUAGAAGGCACAUCAUAAGCCUGACAAAAGAUGUAGCAGCUCUUCAAAUUUUGAAAUUUGAACCUGGGGAUGUUGGCAAAUAUCAGUGCACUGUAGAAAAUGAAGUAGGGCAGAUCUCCUGUGAUUUUCAUAUUGCACUGAAAGAGCCACCAUCAUUUGUGCAGAAGAUGGAUAAUACAAAUGUCCUCCUUGGUGGCGAGGUUUCCUUGCAGUGUGUUUUGAAAGGGUCAGUGCCUAUGACCGUCUCUUGGAUGAAAGAUGACCAUGAGAUCAAGGAAUCUGAGGAUGUUCAGAUAUCUUUUGAGAACCAGACAGCAGUGGUGUACAUUUCUAGUGUGCAGUUAAAAAAUGGUGGAAAGUACACUUGCCAAGCUCAGAAUGAUGCUGGUAGUCAGAAAUGUACAGCGGUACUGGCAGUAAAAGAGCCUCCCAUUCUUGUCAAACCACUGAGUCCUCUUGAGGUUGUGAAUGGCUCAAAUGCAUAUUUUGAAUGUCAGGUAAAAGGCACAGCUCCUUUUGAGGUGACCUGGCAAAAAGAUUCAAAGGACAUCAAAUCAAGCCUUAAGCAUUUAAUUUUGCAGAAGAAUGGUUCUAUAAUGACUCUUGAUGUGCAGAAAUGUGAUGCUUUAGAUGUUGGAGAAUAUCAGUGCACUGUAGCAAAUGAAGUUGGGAGUUGUUCAAGUCAGACUACACUCAGCAUAAAAGAGCCCCCAUCAUUUGUGGAGAGGAUUGAGAAUGUUGUCACAGUUUUUGGAAAAAAAGUGGAGUUUAAAUGUGUUGUAAGAGGAUCGCCACCUCUGUCCAUACAAUGGCAAAAAGAUGAAAACUGGAUUUUGGAGGAUCCUUCAAUUGAGAGGACUUUUGAAAAUAAUAUUGCUACUUUGAGAAUCCCUGUGUGCGAGUCAAUCCACAGUGGAAAAUACACCUGUCAGGCUGUGAAUGAAGCAGGGCAAGAAAAGUGUUUUGCUACCCUUUUGGUUCAAGAGCCACCCCAGAUAAUCGAAAAGCCAGAGGUCAUUAAUGUCACUGCUGGAGAUCCAGUAAGUUUUGACUGCAAAGUUACAGGGUCUCCUGAGCUGAAAGUGAAAUGGAGUAAAGAUGGCAAUGAAAUUAUGCCUUCAAGACAGCACAGCCUCAGCUUCAUCAAUAAUGUUAGCCAACUUAAAAUUCAAUCUGUCCGUUUGGAAGACAAAGGAACUUAUGUAUUUGAGGUUUCCAACCACAUCAGUGCCUGCCAGUGCAAAGUGACUUUAAAUGUGCUAGAGCAAAUAAUCCCCCCAUCCUUCAUCAAACCUUUGAUGGAGAUGGAGGAAAUUCUAGGCACCAGUGUUCAAAUUGGAUGUAAAAUAUCUGGCUCACUCCCUAUAACUGUGGAAUGGGUGAAGGACGGAACUAAACUGUCAGGAAGAACCAAACAUAAACUUCUUCAGGAUGACAACAGCGUGUCUUUGGAAAUUGAGUGUUUAGAGAAAGCAGACACUGGAACGUAUAUUUGUAAACUUACAAACAAAGCAGGCAGUUGUGAAUGCAGUGGUACACUGAGAGUGAAAGAGCCACCAAGCUUUGUGCUGGUUCCUGAAUCACAGGCUGUCAUACCAAAUACCACUGUUCGGUUUAAGAGUACCUUUAAAGGAACACCUCCAUUCACAGUGAAAUGGUUCAAAGAUGACACUGAGCUAAUUUGUGGACCUUCAUGUUUUACUGGCCUGGAGGGCCUCUCGUGCUUCCUAGAUCUUUUUUCCGUUGGAAUAUCACACAGUGGAACUUAUUCUUGUCAAAUAAGCAAUGAUGCUGGUACCGCUAAAUGCACCACAACCUUGUUGGUAAAAGAACCUCCAGAGUUUGUACAGAAACUUCCAGCUGCAAAAAUCAUAAAGAUGGGAGAGUCACUCCAGCUUGAAUGCAAAGUCACUGGCACAGCUCCUCUAAAAAUUAGCUGGUACAAAAAUGAUGCUGUUCUCAGUGAUGGUGACAACUUGAGAAUGGCAUUCAAUAACUCUGUGGGAGUCCUCGAAAUGUUCAAAUGCAGCUUUGAGGAUAAUGGUGUCUAUACUUGUGAAGUUCAGAAUGAUGCGGGAACUAAGAGUUGCAGUACGACACUCACAGUCAAAGAACCACCAACUUUCCACAAAGUGCCAACACCAGUUGAGGGACUGAAGGGCAAAAAUGCCAGUCUUAACUGUGAGCUGAAAGGCUCAGCACCUUUUGAAAUUACCUGGUUUAAAGAUAAAAAACAGUUAAAGGAGAGUAGGAAGUACAAAUUUGUGUCUGAGGGAUGCUCUGCUACUCUCCACAUUCUUGGACUGGAAGCAUCAGAUGCUGGAGAAUAUGAGUGCAAAGCAUCAAAUAAUGUAGGAAGUGAUUCUUGCCAGGGCACUGUAAAGCUAAGAGAACCGCCAGCAUUUGUGAAGAAAUUGUCCAACACGACAGCCAUCUCUGGUGAGGAGGUGGUUUUGCUGGCAGUGGUCAAAGGCUCACAGCCUAUGACUGUGUCUUGGGUUCAGGAUAAAGACCACAUUCUCAGAGACGGGGACAACAGGAAAAUUACAUUUGAGAAUAAUCAGGUCGCCCUCAAGAUCUUUAAAGCUGACUCUACUAGCCCUGGAAAAUAUACAUGCCAACUUAAAAAUGAUGCCGGAGUAGCUGAAUGCACAGCGAACUUAACUGUCCUAGAACCUGCUGCAAUUGUGGAUAAGACAGAGUCAAUCAGUGUAACUGCUGGUGAGGCCGCAGUCUUAGAGUGCACUGUGUCCGGAACUCCAGAACUUAAGCCAAAAUGGUACAAAGAUGGUGUGGAGUUGUCUUCAGGCAGGAAAUACAAAAUCACAUUCUCAAAAAUGAUCUCCAGUCUUAAGCUAUUGUCAACAGAGAAAAGUGACACUGGAGAAUACACAUUUGAAAUCAAGAAUGAAGUUGGCAGUGAUAGCUGCAAAAUGCACCUUACUGUUUUUGACAAAAUUGUUCCUCCUUCAUUCUCACGAAAACUGAAGGACACACAGAGUAUUGUUGACAAAUCUGUUGAAAUGGACUGCAAAGCCUCAGGGUCUGCACCUCUCACCAUCUCUUGGUACCAUAAUGAAGAGGAGAUUAAAAGUGGGCCAAACUAUGAGAUUACAUUUGCUGAGAAUACCUGCACAUUGAAAGUGCCAACUUUGAAACUUUCAGACUCUGGCACAUACAAAUGUAAAGCAGUGAACAGUGCAGGAACUGCAGAGACAUCUGCUUCCUUAGUUGUUAAAGAACCACCAUCUUUUGUGACCACACCUCAACCCGUGGAAGCCCUCCCAGGCACAAAUGUCACCUUUACAGCAACUGUUCAAGGAAGUACCCCAAUGAAACUGAAAUGGUUUAGAGGCAGUAAAGAAAUAGUGUCUGGGAGAAGCUGUGAGAUUGCUUUAAAAGGAGAUAAUGCAAUUCUGGAGCUCUACAACAUUGAUAAAUCUCAUGCUGGGGAGUACACUUGCCAGAUCAUUAAUGAUGCAGGAAAGGAAAAUUGCCCUGUGAACCUUUUUGUCAAAGAGGCUGCACACUUUGUCAAGAAGCUCAAGAAUCUGUCUGUCGAAAUGGGCAAGUCUCUAAUACUUGAAUGUGCAUAUGCGGGAAGCCCAAAGAUUCUUGUGAAAUGGCAUAAAGAUGGCCAGGAGAUUUAUUCCUCUUACAAGUACAACAUUACAACCACUGAGAGUUCCUGCAUCCUUGAGUGUCUAAACAGUGACAAAGAGGCUGCUGGAAAAUACACUUGUGAGGUUUCCAAUGAUGCUGGACAUGACACUUGUGAAGCAGCAGUGUCCAUCUUAGAACCACCUUUCUUUAUUGAGAGUUUGGAGCCCAUGGAAGUCACUGCAGGUGAUGCAGUUUGUCUGAAAUGCCAGAUUGGUGGCACUCCUGAAAUUAAAGUGUCAUGGUUCAAGGCAGAUGGCAAAGUGCGGUCUUCUCCAAACUGUAAGAUGGAGUUCACCAAAGGCACUGCCUGUCUGAAACUAGCUAAAGUUGCCAAAUCUGACAUUGGUGAAUACACAUGUAAGGCAGAAAACAGCAUAGGAUUUGCAUCUUCAAGCUGUCUCUUAACUGUACAAGAUGUGAAAACACCACCGUCUUUCCCUAAAAAGAUUACUAGCAUUACACAAAUUGAAGGACAGCCUGUCCAGUUUGAAUGUCGUGUUGCAGGAUCUUCUCCUAUGGAGAUCUCUUGGCUCAAAGAUGGUGAAGCUCUUAGGAGCGAAUCAGAAUACACAAUGUCUUUUGAUGAUAACUCUGCUGUCCUAAAGAUAGCCAAAGGUGAAAUGAGACAUUCUGGGGAAUAUACUUGUGUAGCAACUAAUAGUGUCGGAACUGCUUCUUGUAGAGCCAAGCUCACCCUUCAAGAGCCAAGAUAUCCACCUGUGUUUGAUAAAAAGCUCAUACCUGUGGAUGUGACAGUGGGAGAUACUGUAGAACUGGAAUGCCACAUGACGGGAUCAUUGCCAAUAAAAAUCACUUGGUCCAAGGAUCACAAAGACAUCCGCACAGGGGGCAAUUAUAAGAUAUCAUGUGUGGAUAACACCCCACAUUUGACAAUUUUGAAAGCUGAUAAGGCAGACUCUGGUCGUUAUUCUUGCCAUGCUAGUAAUGAUAUUGGAAAGGAUUCUUGUUCCACAGAGGUUUCUGUGAAAGAACGGAAAAUUCCACCUAGUUUUACCAAAAAGCCUUCAGCAAUGAUUGAGGACACUGAGGGCAAAUUGGUGAAGAUUGAGGGUCGUGUAGCUGGAUCACAGCCCUUGACUGUCAACUGGUAUAAAGAUGGCACAGAAAUCUUCACCUCUGACUUUUAUGACAUAACCUUCAAGAGCAGCUUGGCUGUCCUGAGCAUUAAAAAAUCUCAACUGUCAGAUAGUGGAACAUAUAUGUGCAAAAUCUCCAACGAAGCGGGCACUGCCUCUUAUGAUGUGUCAGUUAACAUUACAGAGCAAAAGGUACCACCAAGCUUUGACUUGCCUCUUAAACCGGUGACUUUGAGUGAGGGUGAAAAACUCACCCUCAGCUGUCAUGUACGUGGAUCUCCUCCUCUAAAGAUUCAGUGGAUGAAGGACAGACGAGAGCUUUCUUCAUCUGGAAAUACAAAGAUCACAUUUGUUGAUGGCACUGCCACAUUGGAGAUGAUCCGUGUAUCUAAGACAGAUACUGGAGAUUAUCUCUGUAAAGCAACCAAUGAGGCUGGUAGUGAAUUCUGCAAGUCUAAAGUCACUAUCAAAGUUUUAGAGAAACCAGGAGCUCCUGCCCCAGCACAGGCGGCCCCUUCACCACCAGAAGCAGUUAAAAAGCUGGACAACUUGUUCUUCAUUGAGGAGCCAAAGAGUGUCCAUAUUGUAGAGAAGGGUACAGCUACCUUCAUUGCUAAAGUUGGUGGUGAUCCCAUUCCCAAUGUGAAGUGGAUGAAGGGCAAAUGGAGGCAAAUGACCCAUGGUGGUCGAAUCAUUAUUGAACAAAAGGGCCAAGAGUCCAAGAUGGAGAUCAAAGAGGUGACCAAAUCUGACUCUGGUCAGUACAGAUGUGUUGCUUCCAACAAACAUGGAGAAAUUGAGUGUAGCACCAACCUGAAUGUUGAUGAGAAGAAAGAGAAAGCUUUAGAAGUGGUGAAACUGAAGAAGACUCCAUCAAAGCAGAAAAGCCCUAAAGAGGAAAAGGAUAUUGACAUUGUUGAGUUGCUUAGAAAUGUUGAUCCUAAAGAGUAUGAGAAAUAUGCUCGCAUGUAUGGCAUCACAGACUACCGGGGUCUCCUUCAAGCUAUUGAGUUUCUGAAGAAGGAAAAAGAACACGAAAGUGGAAGACCGGAAGUGGAAAGUGGUGCAAGAGAGUCUGAGGAAGAUUUAGCUAAACUUGUUGCUGAUUUGCAGAAGAGGAUGGAACAAACAGAGCCUGUCACUGUGAUACAUGAUAUCACGGACCAGACAACUACUGUCAAGAAGGAAGCUGUGUUUGAAUGUGAAAUCAAGAUUAACUACCCCGAAAUCACACUGUCCUGGUACAAAGGAACCCAGAAACUUGACAGUAGUGACAAGUAUGACAUCAAAAUUGUGGGUGAUCGUCACAUCUUAAAGAUAAAGGAUUGUCAGAUGAGAGAUGAGGGCAAUUAUCGUAUUGUGUGUGGCCCACAUAUCUCCAGUGCCAAACUGAUAGUGCUUGAAGCUGAAGUGGAACAGCGUAUGCAGGAUGUGGCUGGUAAGGAAGGCCAGACUUGUACAUUGACUUGCCAGUUCUCUGUACCUAAUGUAAAAACCCAGUGGUUUAAAAAUGGGAAGCUUUUAGAGCCCCACAGCAGAUACACAUUUGCUGUGGCAAAUUACACUCAGAAGCUCUCAAUCAAAGAUGUUAGACCUGAAGACCAAGGAGAAUAUACCUGCAAAUAUAAAAAUCUUGAAACAACUGCAAAUCUUUGGAUCGAAGCCGAGCAAAUACAUUUCACCAAACGCAUCCAGAACAUUGUGGUGCGAGAACAUCAGUCAGCCACAUUUGAGUGUGAGGUGUCUUUUGACAAUGCUAUUGUAACAUGGUAUAAGGACACUUGGGAGCUUAAAGAGAGUCCCAAAUAUACCUUCCAAAGUGAAGGGCGACGCCACUUCAUGAUCAUCCGCAACGUUACCUCUGCCGAUGAAGGCGUGUACUCGGUCAUUGUCAGAUUGGAGCCCAGGGGUGAGGCUAAAAGUACAGCUGAGCUUUACCUGUCAGGCAAAGAAAUUGAUAUAGAAAGGGUACCUUAUGACAUCCCAGAUACAUCAAUACAAGUGCCCGAAGCAGCUACAUUAACCAUUGAAGCUGAAUCCUCCAUGGAAUAUUACCAUUCAGAAGAAAAAAUGGAAACACAAGAGUAUGUGAGCUGGACAGUGGAGAGUGUUGUAGAGGAAAUAUCAGUCACAGCCCCAAGGGUCCCGAUUGAAGAGGCUGUUGUUAGAAAAACCCUGGGAAUGAGAGAGGAGGCUCCAACGACAGAAUUCGAGGAACCUGAGCCAUCUAAACCAGUGGAAUUAAUUCCUGAAGUACCUGUGAAAGCCAAAAAGCCUGUUGAAGAAAUAGUUACUGCAGUUACAUUGCCAGAGCCAAUUGAACCCCCCAAAGCAAAAGAAGUGCAACAGCCAGAAGCAUCUGUAGCUCCUUUGCCUUCUGCACCUAAACCUGAAGAGCCUAAACCUGCACCAAAGACUAAGCCUGAACUUAAACCUGAGCCAAAGCCUGAGCCCACGCCUGUGAAAAAACCUGAGCCACCAACAGCCAAAGUUCUUGUGGAGGAAAAGCCAAAACCAACAAUUCCAGAACCACCAAAGAAAGUGCCAGCUAAACCUGAACAAGCCAUAGCUGUUCCAGUGGAAGAACCUCCAAAGAAAGUUCUUGUGGAGGAAAAGAAACCAAAACCACCAGUUCAAGAACCAUCUAAGAAAGUGCCAGCUAAAGCUGAUGAAGCUCUUGCAGUUCCAGUAGAAGAACCUCCAAAAAAAGUUCUUGUGGAAGAAAAGAAGCCAGAACCACCAAAGAAACUGGCAGCUAAACCUGAAGCCAUUGCAGUUCCAGUGGACGAACCUCCAAAGAAAGUUCUUGUGGAGGAAAAGCCAAAACCUACAAUUCCAGAACCUCCAAAGAAAGUGCCAGCUAAACCUGCUGAAACAAUUAAAGUUCCUGAGGCAGAACCUCCAAAGAAAGUUCUUGUGGAAGAAAAGAAACCAAAACCAACAAUUCAAGAACCACCAAAGAAACCCCCAUCUAAACCUGAGCAAGUGAUUACAGUUGAAGAACUCCCAAAGAAAGUAGCAGAACCAGAGAAGAAACCAUCUCCUGAAAAGAUACUAUCUCCAGAGAAGACACCUCUUUCUGUGAAAGAAGUCACAGCCCCAAAAGUUGAAAAGAAACCAUCUCCAGAACCUGAAAGAAAGAAGGAACCUUUGCCGCAGGCAAAGAAAAUUUCCCCAGAAGUUAAAGAGAUCGAAAAGAAAGCUGAAGAUAAACUCAUCCCUAAGCCCAAGGAAGAGAAGAUAAUUCCAACAAAAGUACCUACACCUAAAGAACCAGAGAAACUAAAGCCUGCUCCAAAGGAAGAACCAGUACCAAUUGUCGAAGCAGUGGAAGAUGGUGAAAAGGGACCAGUUUCUGCACCUGCUCCAGGAAAGAAAGAGGGGAAGCCUAAAGAGGAAGUUGGAAGAGGCAGAGGCUUAAAACCAAGACAAACUCCAUCUCCUGGUGAUGCUGGAAGGGGUAGGGUAAAGCCUGGUGCUGGUGGUGACAAGCCUCCAGGAGAAUCACCAUUUGGUUUCCAGCUAAAAGCUGUCCCCUUGAAGUUUGUGAAAGAGCUGAAAGAUAUUGUGUUGCAGGAGGCUGAGUCCAUUGGCUCCUCCGCUGUAUUUGAGUGCCAGAUCUCUCCAUCUACUGCUAUCACCACCUGGAUGAAAGAUGGAAGCAAUCUAAGGGAAAGUCCAAAGCACAAAUUCACAUCUGAUGGCAAAGAUCGCAAACUGGCUAUUAUUGAUGUUCAGCUUUCAGACACUGGGGAGUACACAUGUGUUGCAAAGCUUGGCAACAAGGAGAAGACUUCAACAGCUAAACUUAUUGUUGAAGAGUUACCAGUGAAGUUCACAAAGAAUCUGGAGGAGGAAAUGUCUGUAAUUAAGGGACAGCCAAUGUACUUAACCUGCGAGUUGAGCAAAGAAAGGGAUGUUGUUUGGAAGAAAGACGGAAAAGAGCUCAAGCUAAUUCCUGGCAAAAUUCAAAUCAAUGUUAUUGGAUUGCAGCAGUCUGUGACAAUCCAAGAUGCAAAUGACAAUGAUGCCGGUGUUUACACUUGCGAAUGCGAGAACAUCAAGACACAAACCAGCGUCAAAGUCAUUGAAAUAAUCAGAGAUUGGUUAACAAAACCUUUGAGGGACCAGCAUGUGAAACCAAAGGCUACUGCCACAUUCAAGUGCGAGCUGUACAAGGAUACUCCUAACUGGAAGUGGUUCAAGGGAGAUGAAGAAAUUCCCACUGACCCUACAGAUAAGACUGAGGUGAAAAAGGUUGGAAAGGAUAUGACUCUUACAAUCAAGAAUGCUCAACCUGGUGAUGUUGGAGAAUAUGCUAUUGAAGUUGAGGGUCGCAGAUAUGCAGCAAAACUCACUCUUGGAGAGCGUGAAGCUGAGAUCUUGAAGCCUCUUGCGAGUGUAGAGGUGGUUGAGAAAGAAGAGGCCAACUUCGAUACUGAAAUUUCAGAAGAUGAUGUGCCUGGAGAAUGGAAACUUAGAGGGCAGGUUCUGACAAGAUCACCGACGUGUGAUAUCAGAGCUGAAGGAAAUAAAAGGUUCCUUACCUUGAAAAAUGUUCAACUUGACCAGGCUGGAGAAGUCUCAUACCAAGCUUUGAAUGCCAUCACUACUGCAAUGUUAACGGUCAAAGAAAUUGAAAUGGACUUCACAGUCCCAUUAAAGGAUGUUACUGUGCAUGAAAAGAAACAGGCAAAGUUUGAGUGCACGAUUACAAAAGAUGUGCCUAAAGUCAUGUGGUUGAGAGGAUCUGAUAUUAUAACACCAGACCAAAAAUAUGAUAUCAUUGAUGAUGGAAAGAAACACAUGUUGGUCAUAAACCACUGUGAAUUUGAGGAUGAGGGAGAAUAUACUAUUGAGGUCUUGGGUAAAACAUCAACAGCCAAACUGACAGUUGAGGGUAUGCGUCUGAAAUUCAUCUCACCGAUAGCGGAUCAAACUGUUAAGGAAGGUAAAACAGCUCGGUUUGAGCUUGAAUUGUCCCAUGACAAUGUACCAGUGACAUGGUACAAAAAUGAAACAAAACUGCAUCCGAGCAGAACUGUACUUACGCAUGUUGAUGGAAAGAAACAUAUAUUAGAAAUCAAGAAUGUCACACUAGAUGAUACUUGCCAAAUAAAAGCAGAGGCUAAAGGAUUAUCAACUACAGCAAACCUGACGGUUCUAGAGGGAGAUGCCUACUUCACAGUUAAACUGCAAGAUUACACUGCAGUUGAGAAAGAUGAGGUCAAUCUGGACUGCGAGCUCAGCAAAGAUGUUCCUGUGAAAUGGUUCCACAAUGAGACUGAAAUUAAAGCCUCCAAGAUGGUUACCAUGAAAGCUGAGGGUAAUAGAAGAAUCCUAAACAUCAAGAAAAUUGAGGACAAAGACAAAGGAUUAUAUGUUUGUGACUGUGGAACAGACAAGACUUUGGCAACCAUGAACAUUGAAGCUCGUGACAUCAAAGUGGUACGACCCAUGUAUGGUGUUGAGCUGUUUGAUGGUGAGACAGCUCGUUUUGAAGUGGAAAUUUCUGAAGAUGAUGUACAUGGCCAGUGGAAGCUGCAGGGAGAAGUACUCUCCCCGUCACCUGAUGUUGAAAUAAUUGAGGAUGGUGCUAAACACAUCUUAACUUUGUACAACUGCAAAGUGUCCCAGUCUGGAGAGGUUUCAUUCCAGGGUGCCAAUGCAAAAUGUUCUGCCAAUCUAAAAGUGAAAGAGCUUCCCAUUACUUUUGUUACACCCCUGGCUGAUGUGCAUGUAUAUGAGAAGGACGAGGCAAGGUUUGAGUGUGAAAUCUCAAGACAACCAAAGAGCUUCCGUUGGAUGAAAGGAUCUCAAGAGAUUACAACUGAUGAUAAAUUUGAGAUACUUCAAGAGGGCAAAAGACACAUUCUGGUUGUCAGAUCUGCUGCCUAUGAGGAUGAGGCGAAGUAUAUGUUUGAAGCUGAGGACAAGAGAACAUCUGCCAAACUUGUUAUCCAGGGCAUCCGGCUUGAGUUUGUCAGACCCAUUAAAGAUGUCACUGUUAAAGAACGUGAGACUGCAGAAUUCAGGAUUGAACUCUCUCAUGAGAAGAUUCAAGUCACCUGGUACAAGAACGAUGUGCGUUUGCAUCCAAGCAAAGUGGUGCACUUGACUGAGGAUGGGAAGAUCCACACUCUGUCCUUCAAAGAGGUGUCUAUUGAUGACACUUCUCUAAUUAAAGCUGAGGCCCUUGGUAAAACCUGUGAGGCAAUGCUUACUGUGCUUGAGGGAGAACCUUACUUCACCACCAAGUUACAAGACUACACAGCAGUUGAGAAGGAUGAGGUUGUGCUGAUGUGCGAAGUGAGCAAAUCAUCUGCUCAGGUGAAAUGGUUGAAAGACGGCAAGGAAAUCACUCCUUCUAAGAACAUCCUCAUCAAGGCUGAUGGAAAGAAACGUAUCCUGACAGUGAAGAAGGCAGAAAAGGCCAACAUUGGUGAAUAUGUUUGUGACUGCGGCUCUGACAAAACAGCAGCCAAGCUCAACAUUGAAGAACGUGAUAUUAAGAUUGUCCGUCCACUGUAUAGUGUGGAGGUCACAGAGACAGAGACUGCUCGCUUUGAGACAGAAAUCUCUGAGGGGGAUGUUCAUGGUAACUGGAAACUAAAAGGAGAUGCCCUGCACCAGUCACCGGACUGUGAAAUUAAGGAGGAAGGCACCAAGCACAUGCUUAUCCUUUACAAUGUUCGCAUGGAUAUGGCUGGUGGUGUGGACUUCGGUGCUGCUAACGCUAAAUCAAGGGCUCAACUCAGAGUUAAAGCACGAGUGAUAGGCCUCCUGAGGCCCCUGAAGGAUGUAACAGUGACAGCAGGAGAGACAGCUACCUUUGACUGCGAACUGUCUUAUGAGGGCAUACCUGUGGAAUGGUUCCUAGGGGGUACAAAGCUGGAACCAAGUGACAGAGUGGUGACCCGGGCAGAAGGCAGAAGUCACACGCUGACCCUUAGGGAUGUGAAGCUGACAGAGGCAGGAGAAGUAAAGCUCACUGCAAAGGACUUUGUGACACAGGCUCAACUCAUUGUAAAUGAACCUCCAGCUGAAUUCACCAAACCUCUGGAAGACCAGACUGUAGAAGAGGAAGCCACCGCUGAAUUAGAGUGUGAAGUUUCCAAAGAGAAAGCAGAGGUCAGGUGGUUUAGAGAUGGACAAGAAAUUCGUAAAACCAAGAAGUAUGACAUGGUUGUUGAUGGCCGUAAAAGAAAACUUAUUAUCCAUGACUGCACACUUGAUGACUCAAGGACAUAUACCUGUGAUGCUGGACAGUUCAAGACAUCAGCCUUCUUAAAUGUUGAACCUCCGCAUGUUGAGUUUACAAAACCACUCCAUGAUGUAGAGGUCAAAGAGAAGGAAUCUGCCAGAUUUGAAUGCGAAGUGUCUCGUGAAAGUGCAAAGGUUCGUUGGUUCAAAGAUGGCAAUGAAAUCAGAAAAGGCAAGAAAUAUGAGAUCAUUUCUGAAGGAGUAAAACGAAUUCUCAUCAUAAGCAAGUCUGUCUUUGAUGAUGAAGCAGAAUAUGAAUGUGAUGCCAGGACAUCCAAAACCUCUGGAAUGCUGACUGUCGUUGAGGAGGAGGCUAGAUUCACAAAGAACUUGGCAAAUGUUGAGGGCACUGAAACCGACAGUGUUAAGUUGAUUUGUGAAGUCUCUAAGCCCAGUGCAGAGGUUACAUGGUACAAGGGUGACCAAGAAUUGCCUGAAGUUGGUAGAUAUGAGCAUAUUGCUGAGGGCAAAAAGAGAGUCCUCAUUAUUAAGGGCCUUCGUAUGGAUGAUGCUGGAGAGUACCACUGCAAACUGCCCACCUCACAAACCACAGGGAACCUGAGGAUUAAUGAACUUGCCGCUGAGUUCAUUGCAAGGCCUCAAAACCAGGAGGUGGUUGAAGGUGAAAAGGCACAAUUUGUGUGCUCUGUCUCCAAAGACACAUAUGAAGUAAAAUGGCUCAAAGGAAAUAAGGAACUUCAAUCAGAUGACAAAUAUGAAAUCAUUUCUGAGGGUAAAAAGAGAGUUCUUGUUAUCAAAAGUUGUGAAGUCAAGGAUGAAGGGGGCUUUGUAGUCCUCAUUGGAACCACAAGAGCAUCUGCUGAUCUGACUGUGCUCGAAAAGCUUAGGAUUAUCACUCCUCUCAGAGAUAUAAAGGCAAAUGAAGGACAAGAGACUGUCCUCAAUUGUGAAGUUAACACUGAGGGGGCCAAAGCCAAAUGGCUUAAGAAUAAUGAGACUUUAUUUGAAAGCAGCAAGUACAUCAUGGUCCAGAAGGACAAUGUAUUCUCUCUGAGAAUCAAAGACACUCAUAAAUCAGAUGAAGCCAACUACACCAUUACACUGACCAAUCAGCGUGGUGAACAUGCAAAGAGCUCUGCCAACAUUACUGUGCAAGAGGAAGAUCUUAGAAUCAUUGUUCCCCCUGAGGAUGUUGACACACAGGAGAAAAAGACCAUCAGCUUCACAUGCAAGGUGAACAGACCAAAUGUAACAGUACAAUGGAUGAAGACAGGUCAGGAAAUCACUCUCAGCAAGAGAAUUCUCUAUCGAGUCGACAAAGACAAGCACACUCUGACCAUUAAGGACUGCAGCCUUGCAGAUGAGGGUGAAUACACUGUAGUUGCUGGCGCUGAUAAGUCCACAGCAGAACUGAUCAUCAGUGAGGCACCAGCUGACUUCACUGCUCAGCUUAAUGACCAAACCAUCACAGAGUUUGAGGAUGCUGAGUUCACAUGUGAACUCUCCAAGGAGAAGGCUGAAAUUAAAUGGUACAGAGAUGGCAGGGAAAUCAGAGAAGGACCAAGGUACCGAUUUGAGAGAGAGGGCAAAACAUGCAGACUGCGUAUAAAAGAGUGUAGACCAGAUGAUGAGUGUGAAUAUGCCUGUGGAGUGGAUGACAAGAGAACCAGAGCCCGUCUCUUUGUUGAGGAGACCCCUGUAGAGAUUGUCAGGCCACCCACAGACGUGUUUGAGCCCCCAGGCUCAGAUGUUGUGUAUGAAGUUGAGCUCAACAAAGACAGAGUUGAGGUCAAAUGGCUGAGGAACAACAUGACCAUUGUUCAAGGUGAUAAAUACCAGAUGAUGAGUGAGGGUAAAAUUCACAGACUUCAAGUCUGUGAAAUCAGGCCACGUGAUCAGGGCGAGUACAGAGUCAUUGCCAAGGACAAAGAUGCAAGAGCCAAGCUUGAACUUGCUGCUGUGCCAACAAUUAAAACCUUGGAUCAAGACCUGGUGACAGAUGCUGGAAAGCCAUUCGUUAUGGCGGUUCCUUACAAUGCUUACCCACAGGCUGAGGCUGAGUGGUUUUACAAUGACAUCAGUCUUCCAAAAGACAAUGUUCACACUUCUGUCGACAGGACAGAAUAUAGGCUAAAGGACCCUAAGAAGUCAGAGGAAGGCCGCUAUAAAAUCGUCAUCCAAAACAAGCAUGGAAAAGGAGAGGCUUUCAUAAACCUAAAAGUUAUUGAUGUUCCUGGACACGUGAAGAACCUUCAGGUUGUUGACACUGCUGACGGUGAGGUCAGCAUUGCAUGGGAAGAGCCAGAGAGUGACGGUGGCAGCAAGAUCUUGGCUUAUGUAGUUGAAAGACGUGAUAUCAAACGUAAGACCUGGACUCUGGCCACUGACUGUGCUGACAGCACAGAGUACUGUGUAACUGGCUUACAGAGGGACUCCAAGUACCUAUUCCGUGUCUGUGCACGUAACCGAGUCGGAAGUGGGCCCAAUGUUGAGACAGAUAAAGCUGUUCAAGCUAAAAAUAAGUUUGAUGUUCCUGAUCCACCACAGAAUGUUAUUGUUGGAAAUGUCAACAAGUUUGGUGCCACAGUCUCCUGGGAACCACCACUGUUCGAUGGUGGAUCUGAGAUCACAUCAUAUGUUAUUGAGCUCCGUGAUAGAACUUCAGUGAGCUGGGCUCCAGUCAUGGUGACCAAAGCACAUGAACGCUCAGCUAUUAUUAAUGAUGUUAUUGAGAACAAAGAAUAUAUCUUCCGCGUUAAGGCUGAGAACAAGGCUGGAACUGGCAAACCAAGUGCUGCCACUAACCCAGUGAAGAUAAUGGACCCUAUUGAGAGGCCAAGCCCUCCACUGAAUUUGACACACUCAGAACAGACAAAGGACUCCUGUCUGUUGACAUGGGAGACUCCCUUAAAAAAUGGAGGCACACCAAUUACUGGCUACAUUAUUGAGAGAUGUGAAGAGGGCACAGACAAGUGGCUAAGAUGCAAUGCCAGGCUUUGCCAGGACCUGCUCUACAGGAUUUCAGGCCUGAAAUUUGGAACAAAAUACAGCUAUAGAGUACUUGCUGAGAAUGCUGCUGGCCAGUCUGACCCCUCAAAUAUUGUUGGGCCUGUAUUGGCAGAUGAUCCCCACUUUGCACCUACUCUGGACCUGAGCGCAUUUAAGGAUGGACUGGAGGUCAUUGUCCCUAAUCCUCUUGCAAUUCGUGUCCCUAUUACUGGGUAUCCGGUGCCCACAGCAAAAUGGACCUUCGGUGAAAAUGAGCUUACAGCUGGUGACCGUGUGUCCAUGGUUACAAAAUCAACCUUCACAGAACUCAUUGUAACCCCAAGUGUGCGCCCUGACAAAGGCACAUACUCUUUGACACUGGAAAAUGAUGUAACCAGUGUCUCAGGAGAAAUUGAAGUUAAUGUCAUUGCAUCUCCAAGUGCACCCAAAGACUUAAAGGUUGCAGAAGUGACCAGAAAACAUGUUCACUUGAUGUGGGAGGCACCUGAACAUGAUGGAGGCAGUCCGAUCACUGGCUUUCAGGUUGAGAAGCGUGAGGUUUCCAGGAAGACCUGGGUGAAGGUAAUGGCAGGUUUGCAAGACCAGGAAUACACCAUCACAGAUGUUGUUGAGGGCAAGGAGUACUUGUUCAGAGUUAUUGCCUGCAAUAAAUGUGGCCCUGGAGAGCCCGCCUACAUUGAUGACCCAGUCAAUGUGUCUUCACCUGCAACUAUACCAGACCCACCAGAAAACCUCAAAUGGAGAGACAAGUCUGCUAGCAAAAUCUUCUUAUCAUGGGAGCCUCCCAAGUGGGAUGGUGGAACUGCAAUUAAAGGUUAUAUAGUUGACAAAUGUCAACGUGGCACUGACAAGUGGGAGCCAUGUGGAGACCCAGUUCCUGAUCUUAAGUAUGAAGUGACUGGUCUCAUUGAAGGACAGUGGUAUGCUUAUCGUGUGAGGGCUUUGAACAAACUUGGUGCCAGUAAGCCUUGCAAAGCGACAGAUGAGAUUUUGGCUGUUGAUCCUAAAGAGCCUCCAGAGAUUCAGCUGGAUGCAAAACUGCUGGCUGGCCUCACUGCUAAGGCUGGCACAAAGAUUGAACUUCCUGCUGACAUCACAGGCAAACCAGAGCCUAAAGUCAAAUGGACCAAGGCUGACCUAGUCCUGAAGCCAGACGAUAGAAUCACAAUUGAUUCUAAGCCAGGACACUCAACUGUUUCCAUUGCUAAGACCAAGAGGGAUGAUACCGCUACAUACAUCAUUGAGGCAGUCAACAGCAGUGGCCGUGCAACUGCAACAGUUGAUGUCAACAUUCUAGAUAAACCUGGUCCUCCAGCUGCCUUUGAUAUCUCUGAAAUCACCAAUGAGUCCUGCUUAUUGGCUUGGAAUCCUCCAAGAGAUGAUGGUGGCUCAAAGGUGACAAACUAUAUUAUUGAGAGGAAGGCUGUAGACAGUGAAAUCUGGUACAAGUUGUCCUCCACUGUGAAGCAGACCACCUACAGGGCCACCAAACUUGUGGCUUUCAAGGAAUAUGUCUUUAGGGUGUAUGCUGAAAAUCAGUUUGGAAUUGGUGCUCCAGCAGAACAUGCCCCAAUAACUGCCAGAUACCCCUUUGAUACUCCUGGUCCUCCAUACAAAUUGGAGGCAUCUGAUAUUGUAAAGGAUGCUGUAACUCUGUCUUGGUACGAGCCUGAUGAUGAUGGUGGAAGUCCUAUUACUGGAUACUGGGUUGAGAGAUAUGAGCCUGAUCACGACAAAUGGAUCAGAUGCAACAAGCUGCCUGUCAGGGACACAAACUUCAGGGUAAAAGGACUGCCCACACGAAAGAAGUAUAAGUUCCGUGUUUUGGCAGAAAAUCUUGCUGGACCUGGGAAACCAAGCAAAGAGACAGACCCGAUUUUGAUUAAAGAUCCAAUCGAUCCCCCAUGGGCUCCUGGUAAGCCCACUGUUAAAGAUGUGGCCAAAACAUCUGCCUUCCUGCAAUGGACAAAACCAGAGCAUGAUGGUGGUGCAAAGAUAGAGUCUUACAUCAUUGAGCUCCUCAAGAGCGGUACUGACGAGUGGGUUCGUGUUGCUGAUGGUAUCCCUUCUCUUGAGUACUUCCUGAGAGGACUGAUGGAGAAGCAAGAAUACUCUUUCCGUGUCAGAGCUGUCAACGCAGCAGGAGAGAGUGAACCUAGUGAACCAAGUGAUCCAGUGCUCUGCAAGGAGAGACUCAAUCCUCCGUCACCCCCAAGAUGGCUUGAAGUAGUUUCUAGUAGCAGGAACAGCGCUGAUUUGAAAUGGACAGCACCUGAGAGAGAUGGUGGCUCUCCAAUCACAAACUACAUUAUUGAGAAGAGAGAUGUCAGACGCAAGGGAUGGCAGGCUGUAGACACCACUGUGAAAGAGCUGAAUUACACUGUCACCCCAUUGAAUGAGGGGUCUCUCUAUGUUUUCCGCGUUGCUGCAGAGAAUGCUGUUGGACCCAGUGAAUUUUGUGAACUUGCAGACUCCGUUCUCGCCAAGGAUACUUUCAGUACUCCUGGACCUCCAUAUAAUCUGACCAUUACUGAGGUUUCCAAGACUCAUGUUGACCUGAAAUGGGAAGCUCCUAAGAAUGAUGGUGGAAGACCUGUCUUGAGAUAUGUCAUUGAGAAAAAGGAGAAACUUGGAACCCGUUGGGUGAAAUCAGGAAAGACCUCAGGUCCUGAUUGCCAUUACAGAGUGACUGAUGUUAUUGAGGGCACUGAAGUGCAGUUCCAAGUCUCGGCUGAGAACGAGGCUGGAGUUGGUCACCCAAGUGAACCCACGGAUAUUGUGGUCAUUGAGGACCCAACAGGCCCACCAUCACCACCUCAGGAACUGCAUGUCACUGAAGCAGCUAGAGAUCAUAUAUGUAUUGCUUGGAAGGCACCAGAAAAGAAUGGAGGAAGUCCCAUUAUCGGUUACCAUAUUGAGCUUUGUGAGGCUGGAACUGAGAAAUGGAUGAGAGUCAACUCUCGACCUGUCAAAGAGCUAAAAUACAGGGCUGGGGAGGAAGAGGGCAUUGUUCCUGAGAAGCAAUAUACCUUCAGAGUCCGUGCUGUCAAUUCUGUUGGUGCCAGUGAGCCCUCUGACAUUUCUGAGAAUGUAUAUGCCAGAGAUUCUGACUGCAGUCCAACCCUUGACUUCCAGACCAAGGACCUUGUUGUUGUAGAAGGUGAAAAGAUGCAUCUCCCAAUUCCAUUUAGGGCUGUGCCAUCACCUAAGAUAACGUGGCACAAAGAUGGAAAUGAACUGAAGGCUGAUGACAGAACUUCCUUCAGGUCUGAAUACACAUCCUGCCAUCUGGAAAUUCCAGACUGCUUGCACGCUGAUGCUGGCCAGUACAAAGUUACCCUGGAGAACAGCAAUGGUUCAACUAGUGGAACAAUCAAUGUUAAAGUUAUUGGUCUUCCUGGGCCAUGUAAAGAAAUUGUUGCUAGUGAUAUUACCAAGAGCACCUGCAAGGUGUCUUGGGAUCCUCCUGACUAUGAUGGUGGUAGCCCUGUUCUCCACUAUGUGCUACAACGCAGAGAAGCAGGCAGGAGAACCUAUGUCAAUGUUAUGUCUGGAGAAAACAAAGUUAGCUGGCCAGUUAAGGAUCUCAUUCAAAAUGGAGAGUAUUACUUCCGUGUCAGAGCUGUCAACAAGAUUGGUGGUGGUGAAUUCAUUGAGCUUCGCAACCCUGUAAUUGCUGAAGAUCAGAAGCAACGUCCUGACCCACCAGUUGAUGUAGAAACACAUAACCCAACUUCUGAGAGUGUGACCCUUACAUGGAAGCCCCCCAUGUAUGAUGGUGGAAGCAAAAUUAUGGGUUACAUUCUUGAGAAGAUGAUGAAAGGGGAAGAGAACUUUCAGAGAUGCAAUGACUUCCUUGUGCCAGUGCUGUCCUAUACUGUUAAGAGGUUGACACAAGGAAAACAAUAUCAGUUCCGUGUACGUGCUGAAAACGCAGCUGGUGUCAGUGAUCCUUCACGCAGCACACCUUUGAUCAAAGCCACAGAUGCAGUUGAUCGUCCAAAGGUAUUCCUUAGCGGUAGUCUACAAUCAGGCUUAGCUGUGAAGCGAGGUGAGGAGAUCCGAUUGGAUGCCAAUAUCUCUGGAUUCCCUUACCCCCAAAUUACAUGGAUGAAGAACAAUUCAACCAUUUGGCCAGAGCCACUGAAGAAGAGACCAGAAAGGCCCAUUAAGAAGAAGAAGGAGAAAGAAAAGGUAAAGGAGGAAAAGAAGGAUGAUGCAGAGAAGAAAGAUGCAGAUGCAGAAAAGAAGGAGGAAGACAAAGAGGCAAAGAAGGAGGAGGUCAAGGAAAAGGAGGAGGAAAAGGAAAAAGAAAAGGAGGUAGAGGAACCUGAGGAGAGUGAAGAAGCUUAUCACCCAUCCUUAAAUGAACGCCUUACCAUUGAAUCCAAGAGGAAGGGUGAAUCCUACAUUAUUGUGAAAGAUACUAUCAGAGGUGAUCAUGGUGUUUUCACCAUAAAAGUAGAAAAUGAUCAUGGUGUUGCCUCUGCCUCCUGUGAAGUUAAUGUCCUUGAUACACCUGGACCUCCAGUCAAUUUCAAAUUUGAAGAUGUGAAGAAGAACUCAAUCCUCUGUAAGUGGGAUCCUCCUUUGGAUGAUGGUGGUAGUGAAAUCCUUAACUACAUAUUGGAGAGAAAAGAUAACUCCAAGGCUGAGCUUGGAUGGAUCACUGUAACAUCAAUCCUUAGAGGCUGUAAAUUUCUAGUACCAAAACUUAUUGAGGGCAAGGAGUACCUCUUCCGUGUCACUGCAGAAAAUAAGUAUGGUCCUGGAACCCCAUGCAUCUCCAAACCUGUCAUUGCAAAGAAUCCAUUCGAUCCUCCAGAUGCACCAGAGAAACCUGACAUUAAGGAUACCACAGCCAGCAGUAUGCUUGUUACCUGGACAGAACCCAAUGACCAUGGCAGCCCUAUUGAAGGAUACUGGUUAGAGAAACGAGAAAUUAACAGCACACACUGGGCGAGAGUUAAUCGGACAAUGGUUCCUGAUUUGGAAAUAAAUGUAGAGGGCCUUUUGGAGGGUCUGACAUAUAUUUUCAGAGUCUGUGCAGAAAAUGUAGCAGGACCUGGAAAGUUCAGCCCUCCUUCAGAACCAAGAACAGCACAGGCUGCAAUCAGGCCCCCAGGUCCACCAAUUCCAAGAAUUGUAGACACCUCUGACUAUUCAAUUGAUGUAGAAUGGGAUCCUCCUGCAGACAAUGGUGGCGCAGACAUCUUUGGUUAUCAUGUUGACAAAGUUGUUGCUGGUACCAAGGACUGGUCACGAGCCACUGAGAGACCACACAAGAACCACGCAUUUACAGUGUAUGGUGUAAGGGAAGGAGCAAAGUAUAUGGUCCGUGUUGUGGCAGUUAAUUGUGCCGGUGAAGGAGAACCUGGUUUUACAGAUGCAGUAAUUGUCAGAAACCCUGCAGAGGUUCCAGUCAUCGAGCUUGAUCUCUCCGUGAGAAAUGGUGUUGUCAUUAGAGCUGGUGAGAUGCUGAGAAUUCCAGCACAUGUGACUGGUAGACCUUUUCCAUCUUUGAAGUGGACAAAGGAUGAUGGUGCAUUAGAAAAAGAUCGUAUGGAGGUGGAAGAAGCUGGAAAGGACAGCACUGUUGUCAUCAAAACCACAAAGAGAAGUGAUCAUGGCAAAUACCAAAUCCAAGCAGCAAAUCCUAGUGGUAUUAAAUCUGCAUGGACCAGGGUUGAAGUUAUGGAUGUUCCUGGACCAGUUCUUGACCUGAAACCUGUUGUGGUUACCAGAAAGCUAAUGAUGUUGAAUUGGUCAGAUCCCGAUGAUGAUGGUGGUAGUGAUGUGACAGGGUUCAUCAUUGAAAGGAGGGAGCCAAAGAUGCAUACCUGGAGACAACCUAUUGAGACACCUUCAUCUAAAUGUGAGAUUGUAGGUAUUAUUGAGGGACAGGAAUACAUUUUCCGUGUUGUGGCUAAGAACAAGUUUGGAUGUGGACCUCCAGUCGAUCUUGGACCUAUCCGUGCUGUGGAUCCUCAAGGUCCACCAACUUCUCCUGAAAAGUUCCACUAUACAGAGAGGACCAAGUCCUCUGUUACUAUUGAAUGGAGGCCACCCCGUAAUGAUGGUGGUAGUCCCAUUCUUGGCUACAUCAUUGAGAAGAAGCGACAAGAUCAACCAGCCUUCCAGCGUGUCAACCCAGAGUUGAUCACUGCUCAAAUUUUGACAGUUGAAGACCUUGAUGAGCUGCAUAUGUAUGAGUUCCGUGCAAAGGCUGUCAAUGCAUUCGGGGAAAGUGAGCCUUCAAUUACCAUGACUGUUGUCAUUCAGGAUGAUGAAGUGGCUCCAAGUCUGCAUAUGUUGAAGCACUUCAAGGGUGAUUUGAUCCAAGUUAGGAAAAACGAACCUGUUGAGAUGCCUGCUGAAGUCACAGGCCUGCCAAUGCCAAAGAUCGAAUGGUUGAAGGAUGAUGUUGUUAUUGCCAAGUCAACUGAGAAACUCUUGAUAGAAACUAAAGAGGUUGACAGGGUGACAUCACAUACAAAACUCUCUAUCCCUGGUGUUAAUAGAUUAGACAAGGGCACAUACACAGUUACUGCCUCAAAUCGUUUGGGAUCUCUCAGUCAUUCUAUCACAGUGGAAGUGCUGGAUCGACCAACACCACCAAGAAACAUUGCUGUUUCAAAUAUUAAAGCUGAGUCUUGCAAACUUUCCUGGGAUGCCCCAUUGGAUCUUGGUGGCAGUGAACUUACCAACUACAUUGUUGAGAUGAAAGACCUUAAUGGUGAAGAUCCUGAAAAGGCUGAGUGGGUGCAGGUUACUAACUCUAUUAUCGAGAAGCAUUAUGAGGCAUGGAAUCUUCAAACUGGUGGCAACUAUAAAUUCAGAGUCAAAGCUCAAAAUAAGUAUGGAAUAAGUGAGGCCUGUGAAACAGAGGAGGUUCAGAUUAAGGAUCCUUUUGCUCUGCCUGGCCCACCUGAGAAAGUCAGUAUUGCUGAGCGUUCUAAGACCCAUAUGUUACUGACAUGGGAACCUCCUAGGGACUGUGGUGGUUCUAUGAUUACUGGCUACUGGCUUGAGAAGCGUGAAAAGGGCACUUCCUAUUGGUCUCGUGUGAAUAAGAUCCUGGUGUCAAAACGUGGCACAAAAGGCUGGGAAUACCAGGUUACCCGUCUUAUUGAGGGAACAGAGUAUGAAUUCCGUGCAAUGGCUUGUAAUUCUGCUGGUAUUGGACCACCUAGUGCCAUCUCCGAGUCUGCUGUUGCCGACGAUCCCUUGACUCCACCUAGCAUGCCAGCAGCUCCUGAGAUUGCUGAUAAAACCAAGCAUAGUGUCACACUGGCGUGGACUCCACCAGCUAAAGAUGGUGGCCGGCCCAUCAAAGGCUACAUCAUUGAGAUUCAGGAUGAAGGCACUUCUGAGUGGGCCAGGAUCAAUGAUGCUGAAAAUCUGCAUCCUUCUACUGUGUUCACCAUUCCAAACCUCCCAGAACUUAAGAAAUACAGAUUCAGAAUCAUUGCAGUCAAUGAAAUUGGCGAGUCUGAGCCAAGCCCCAGAACUACUGAAGUUCGCAUAGAGGACAUUCAAACUGCACCAAAGAUUUUCAUGGAUAUCAGUGCUCCUGACCUGCUGUGUAUCCGUGCUGGAACUCCAUUUAAGAUUCCAGCUACCAUCACAGGACGUCCUGUUCCUAAAGUUACGUGGGAGUUUGAUGGCAAAGCAAAGACUGAAAAGAAGGAUCGUCUUCAUUUCUUACCAGUGGAUUCACAGGUUGAAUCUACUGACACAACCUCAGUUGUUACAAUUCCUGUGAGUUUGAGAAGCCAUUCUGGCAGGUACACAAUUACAGCAAAGAACAAAUCAGGACAGAAGCAUGUCAAUGUCAGAGUAAAUGUGCUUGAUGUUCCUGGAGCACCCAAAGAACUCAAAGUUACUGAUGUCACCAGGACCACAAUGAGACUUAUUUGGAAACUGCCAGAUAAUGAUGGUGGUGAGAGAAUCAAGAGUUAUUUUAUUGAAAAGAAGGCUGUGAAUGGAAAGGCUUGGACAAUUGCCAAUGCCGCUUGUGCCAGUAUGGCCUUUGUUGUGCCCAACCUCCUCGAGGGACAGGACUAUUUGUUCCGUGUUCGUGCUGAGAAUCGCCUAGGCUUUGGACCAUUUACAGAGACCACGGAACCUGUUAGGGCAAGGGAUCCUAUCUAUCCUCCUGAUCCUCCUACCAAGGUGAAAAUUAACCUUGUUACCAAGAACACUGUAACCCUGUCAUGGGUGCCUCCCAAGAACGAUGGUGGAGCACCAGUAAAGCAUUAUAUCAUUGAGAGGCUAAGUUGGGAUACCAGUGGUCCACAAAAAGAGACUUGGAAACAGUGUAAUAAGAGAGAUGUUGAAGAGACUACCUUUAUUGUUGAAGACCUUAAGGAAGGUGGCGAGUAUGAGUUCCGUGUUAAAGCUGUGAAUGAGGCUGGCGCGAGUAGACCCUCUGUUACUGCCGGACCAGUUGUCAUUAAGGACCAGACAUGUGCUCCAAGUAUUGAUCUCAGAGAGGCAUUAGAAGGUGCAGAAGGAUAUGAUGUAAACAUUAUUGCUAGGAUUCAAGGCUGUCCAUUCCCAUCUCUUGUCUGGCACAAGGCUCCGCAGGACAAGCCAGAUGACAAAGCACCUGUACAGUAUGACAAACAUGUCAAUAAACUUGUUUCUGAUGAGAAAUGCACUCUAUUAAUUCAGCAGUCAAAGAGAGAUGACAGCGCCAUAUACACUCUCACAGCCACCAACAGUUUGGGAACAGCUUCCAAGAGCAUCAAGCUUAGCAUUUUGGGACGUCCUGGUGUACCCGUAGGACCAAUUAAGAUUGGGGAGAUUUUUGCUGAAAGGAUUGGCCUCUCCUGGAAUCCACCAUUAGAUGAUGGCGGUUCCAAGAUUACAAACUAUGUUGUUGAAAAGCGUGAAGAAAACAGAAAAACAUGGGUCCAUGUCUCUAGUGAUCCAAAGGAAUGCCAAUACACUGUACAAAGGCUGACAGAGGGUCAUGAGUAUGAGUUCCGUGUUAUGGCUCAGAAUAAAUACGGAGUUGGACCACCUCUGUACAGUGAACCCGAGAAAGCACGAAACCUUUUCACUGUACCUGGACAAUGUGAGAAGCCAACAGUCACAGAUGUUUCAGUUGAAUCUAUGACCGUUAACUGGGAUGAGCCAGAAUAUGAUGGUGGCUCUCCAGUAACUGGCUACUGGUUAGAACGCAAGGAAACUACAGGCAAGCGCUGGACAAGAGUGAAUCGUGAACCUAUCAGAAUCAGGACUCUAGGUGUUUCCCAUAUUGUGACGGGCCUCUUGGAGGGUGCUGUCUACCAGUUCCGUGUUCUGGCAAUUAAUGCAGCUGGAAGUGGCCCACCAAGUUUGCCUUCUGAUCCUGUUGCAUGUAGAGAUCCCAUAGCACCUCCAGGACCUCCAACACCAAAAGUAACAGAUUGUACCAAGUCAACUGUUGAUCUUGAAUGGAUUCCUCCACUUAUUGAUGGUGGAUCUAAGAUCACAGGAUAUUUCGUUGAGUACAAAGAAGAAGGACAGGAGGAAUGGGAGAAGGUUAAAGACAAGGAAAUCAGAGGCACCAAAUUUGUUGUUCCUGGUCUUAAAGAGCUUGGACUCUACAGAUUUAGAGUGAGAGCUGUAAAUUCUGCAGGUGUGGGAGAACCUGGUGAGGUUUCUGAUGUGAUAGAAGUCAAGGACAGGACAAUUCCCCCUGAGGUUGACCUGGAUGCAACUGUCAAGGAAAAGAUUGUUGUUCAUGCUGGUGGAGUAAUCCGCAUCCUGGCCUAUGUGUCAGGAAAGCCUGCUCCAGAGAUUAUUUGGAAUAGAGACGAUGGUGAUUUGCCAAAGGAGGCUGCUGUUGAGACCACCUCUAUAAGUUCAGCUCUGGUUAUCAAAAACUGCAGGAGGCAACACCAAGGCAUUUAUACGCUGACUGCCAAGAAUGCAGGUGGAGAGAGGAAGAAAGCAGUCAUUGUUGAAGUGCUGGAUGUCCCUGGCCCUGUGGGUCUGCCUUUCUCGGGUGAGAAUCUUACUACUGACUCUUGUAAGUUGACAUGGUACUCUCCUGAAGAUGAUGGUGGCUCUGCUAUCACCAACUAUAUAAUUGAGAAGAGAGAAGCUGACCGUAGAGGCUGGACUUCAGUGACAUAUACUGUCACAAGGCACAAUGCUGUUGUCCAAGGUCUUAUUGAUGGAAAGGGUUACUUCUUUAGAAUUGCGGCUGAAAAUAUUAUUGGACUAGGUCCGUUCACUGAGACUGCAGCUCCUGUCGUCAUCAAGGAUCCACUCUCUGUACCUGAGCGCCCAGAGGAUCUGGAGGUGAUAGCCAUAACAAAUGAUUCAAUCAGCGUUGCAUGGAGACCUCCCAAGUAUGAUGGAGGUUCAGACAUUACAAGCUAUGUUCUUGAGGUUCGUCUUAUCGGACAGGACAACUUCAGCCGUAUUGCUGUAGACGACAAACUAAUGGAACGUAAAUUCACACACGUGGGUCUUAAAGAAGGGUCUUCUUAUGAAUUCAGAGUUAGUGCUGUGAAUCAAAUCGGUCAAGGCAAACCAUCAUUCAGCACCAAACCAGUUACAUGCAAAAAAGAGUUUGAACCACCAAAUCUUGAUCUUGAGUUCCGUGACAAGGUCAUUGUUCGUGUUGGGGAAACUUGCACUCUUCAAAGUGGAUACACAGGAAAGCCAGCACCAACUAUUAAAUGGUUCAAAAAUGAUGAGGAGCUUCAGUCAAAUGAAGAAAUUGCUAUCACUAGCACAAAGAAAAAAUUGUUCUUGACUAUUGCAAAGUCAAAACGUGAUCACAGUGGAAAGUACACUGUUCUUCUAGAGAACUCCAUUGGUUCACGCAAGGGCAUAUGUACUGUUAUUGUUGUUGAUCGUCCACAACCUCCAGAGGGUCCUGUUGUCUUUGAUGAAAUCUAUAGGAAUUAUAUGCUCAUUUCUUGGAAGCCCCCACUGGAUGAUGGUGGAGCUGCUAUUUCUAACUAUAUUAUUGAAAAGAGAGACACCAACAGGGAUCUGUGGAUGCCUGUUACAGAAUCUUGCACAAGGACAUCAUGCAGAGUUCCAAAACUGAUUGAGGGAAGAGAGUACAUCAUUAGAAUCUGUGCUCAGAAUAUUCAUGGCAUUAGUGAUCCACUGCUAUCUGCUGAGACAAAAGCAAAAGAUGUUUUCAAGGUUCCAGAUGCUCCACAAGCACCUGUGGUAAAAGAAAUCUAUAAAGAUACAGCGCUUAUUUCAUGGCUUCAGCCUGCUGAUGGUGGAAAACCAAUUACAAACUACAUUGUUGAAAGGAAGGAGACCAUGGCCAACACGUGGGCUAGAGCUGGAAAAGAACGCAUUUACCCUAACACAGAAUACUGGGUUCCUGAUCUUCUCCAGGGAUGUGAAUAUGAAUUCCGUGUCAUGGCAGAGAAUGUGAUUGGCAUUGGUGACCCCAGUCCACCCUCAAAGCCUAUUUAUGCCAAAGAUCCUAUUGUGAUCCCAAGCCCACCUGUACUUCCAGUAGCAAUUGACAAGACAAAAGAUUCUGUCACUCUUUCUUGGCAACCACCAAAAGACAGUGGCAGAGGCAAAAUUUUUGGCUAUCUCCUUGAGUAUCAGAAAGCUGGAGAUGAAGAAUGGCUCCAAGUUAAUCAAACACCUGAUUCUUGCCAGGGCACUACAUUCAAGGUCAUCAACCUUGAGGAUGGUGCACUUUACAGAUUCAGAGUAAAGGCAGUGAAUGCUGCUGGUGAAUCAGAUCCUGCAUAUGUACCAGAGCCUGUUCGAGCACAAGACAGACUUGAGCCCCCAGAACUUCAACUUGAUUUGGGCAUGCCUCGUGAGAUCAAAGCAAUGGCUGGAACCCAUAUUAAUAUUAUUGCUGGAAUCAAGGGAAUACCUUUCCCCAAAGUCACAUGGAAGAAAAAUGAGGCAGAUGUUCCAACAAGAUCAGAGAUCGAAACAUCUGGAACAGCAACCAAACUAGAGAUGCGUUAUUGCACCCGUGCAGAUUGUGGAGAUUAUACACUUACUGUUGAAAAUCCUGCUGGAUCAAAGACAGCAACAUGCACCGUGCUGGUUCUUGACAAGCCUGGACCAGUUCAGCAUCUCAGAGUAUCUGAUGUCAGAAGUGAUUCUGCCCAGCUGUCUUGGAAAGACCCAGAAGAUAAUGGUGGUACACGCAUCACUAACUUUGUUGUUGAGAAAAAGGAUGCAGCAUCUGCACAAUGGGUGCCGGUCUGCUCAUCAUCCAAAAAACGUAGCAUGAUGGCCAAACAUUUGAUUGAGGGAACGUCAUACAUGUUCCGUGUGGCAGCUGAAAAUCAGUUUGGAAGAAGUGAAUAUGUUGAGACACCAAAAGCUAUUAAAGCAAUGAAUCCACUUUUCCCACCUGGUCCACCUAAAGACCUGCAUCAUGUAGAUGCUGACAAAACUGAAGUAUGGCUCCAGUGGAAUUGGCCUGAUCGUACAGGAGGAAGUGACAUCACAGGGUUCUUGGUCGAGUACCAAGAAGAAGGUGAAAGGGAUUGGGUAGUUUUUAAGACUGUCAGUAUCCCUGAGUGUCAUGUGACUGGACUGGAAGAAGGAAAGACCUACAGGUUCCGUGUUAAGACAGAGAAUGCAAUUGGUCUAAGUAGACCAGACACCACUGUGCCAGUACUUUGCCAGGAAAAAUUAGUACCACCAAUUGUUGAGGUGGAUGUGAAGUUGAUAGAGGGAAUCAUUGUGAAAGCUGGAAGCACUAUUAGAUUGCCUGCCAUUAUGAGAGGCCUUCCAGUUCCCACUGCCAAAUGGGUCAUUGAUGGAGAGGAAAUCAAGAGUGAAGGCAAUAUCAAAAUUGACACUGACAACUUCUCCACUGUUCUGAGCAUUGCUGACUGCACUAGAAAUCACACUGGAAUCUAUAUUCUGACAGUGUCUAACUCAGCAGGGAGUAAGACUGUUUCUCUGAAUGUCACAGUUCUUGAUGUGCCAGCUGCCCCAAUAGGUCCUGUUAAUAUCCUUGAAGUGACUCCUGACUCCAUGGUUAUUGAAUGGCGUCCUCCCAAAGAUGAUGGUGGAAGCCCAGUCAUGAACUAUAUUGUUGAGAAGAGGGAAUCAAAUAAGGAAACUUGGGGAGGAGUAAGUUCUGGCAGCACUUCCACUAGGCUCAAGAUUUCUCGUUUGCAGCAGGGAGUUGAGUAUGUUGUGAGAAUUCGUGCUGAAAAUAAAAUGGGAAUAGGCGCAGCUCUUGAAAGUGCACCAACUGUAGCACGACACCAGUUUGAGGCCCCUGGCCAUCCAGGAAAACCAGUUGCAUCUGAUAUUUCUGAAGAUGCCCUCACACUUGGAUGGACAAUGCCUCUCUUUGAUGGUGGUAGUCCAAUCAGUGGUUAUAUCAUUGAGCGAAGACAUAAAGGAGGCAAAUGGAUUAGAGUGAAUAAAACACCUUGCAAGGACCUUAGAUACAGAGUUCUUGGCCUUUUUGAAAGCAAUGAAUAUGAGUUCAGAGUAUUUGCUGAAAAUAUUGCUGGCUUUAGUGGACCAUCACCUAUUUCAGAUUCUGCCAAACCUUGCAGACCAAUUACUGUUCCAGGACCUCCAGUAAACCCUAAGGUAAAGGACUACAGUUGCACAUAUGCUGACUUAGUCUGGAUCAGACCCACAAGAGAUGGAGGCAGUCCAGUCUUAGGAUAUAUAGUUGAAUACCAAAAGGGAGAUGCUGAGUGGGAGAAAGUCAAUAAGGAUGAUCUAAUUAAACAGUGUGCUUAUAGAGUAAAGGGACUGACAGAGGGCACGGAAUACAGGUUCCGUGUUAAAGCUGUCAACAUGAUUGGGGAAGGUGAGACCAGGGAAGUUCCAGAGUCAGUUGUUGCUAAGGAUAUUGUUAUUCCUCCAGAAAUUGAGAUGGACGCCACAUGUCGUGACCGUGUAACUGUUCGUGUUGGACAUAACAUUAAUGUUGUAGCAUAUGUGAAAGCAAGACCUGAUCCAGAAAUCACUUGGAGCAAAGGUGAAAGUGUUUUGGAAAGGGACAAGCGCACCACUUUAACGAACAACUUCCCAGUACUGCAUAUGCGUAUCAAGGAAGCAACCAGAGCAGAUCAUGGAAAGUAUACAUUGAAGGCUGUUAAUGAAGCUGGAGAGGCCUCAGCUACUAUUACAGUAAAUGUUCUAGAUAGACCUGGGCACUGCCAAAAUCUUACACUUACCUAUGUAACUAAAAACUCUUGCAUGGUGUCCUGGGAUGCACCAGAGGAUAAUGGAGGCACUGAGAUCACAAAUUACAUUGUGGAAUGUCGGGAGCCAAGCAUACGAGCCUGGUCAAUGAUUUCAUCUGACUGCACAAAUCGCAAGGUAAAGACUAAACUCAUGGAAAAUCAUGAGUAUUUAUUCCGUGUGUCUGCUGAGAACAAGUGCGGUCCUGGGCCAGCAACAGAAACCAAAACUCCUAUCCUUGCAAUCGAUCCACUUCAGAAGCCAGGAGAGCCAGAGAACUUCCACGUCAGUGAUAUUGGUAAGAACUUUGUUUUUCUUAAAUGGAGAAAACCCGAUUAUGAUGGUGGCAGUCCUAACCUGGGCUACUAUUUGGAGAAAAAAGAAAAGGAUGCUGAAGAAUGGGAGAAGGCACAUGAAGGAGUCUUGAAAGAGACAUUCUUUAUGGUAGACAAAUGCGUUGAGAACCACACCUAUCAAUUUAGAGUCCAGUCAACAAACGAUGGAGGAGAGAGUGCAUGGGUUAGGACAUCUGAUAUUCUUGUCAAAGAAGAAGUUCAGAAACCAGUUCUUGACCUGAAAUUUGUUGGAACUGUUGUGGUCAAAGCUGGUGAAUCAGUUCGACUUGAAGCUGGACUUAGAGGAAAACCACAGCCUGAGGUUACCUGGGUGAAGGAAAAGGCUACAGGCGAUAACCCAAGAAUCAGCAUUGACACUGGACAUGAUUACUCCAAAUUCCUCCUUACUAAAACCAAGCGUAGUGAUACUGGAAAGUAUGUGGUCACUGCUACAAACUCAGCAGGAUCAUUCACAGCAUAUGCCAAUGUUACAGUUUUGGACAUACCAGGACCUGUCAGAGAUUUGAAGAUUUCUGGAAUUUCCACAGACAAGUGCAGAGUUGUAUGGGAUCCUCCAGAGGAUGAUGGUGGUUGUGAGGUGGACAGCUAUAUUCUAGAGAAAUGUGAGACAAGAAGAAUGGUCUGGUCCACUUACUCUGCUUCUGUUGUCACCAGUUACUGUAAUGUAACACGUCUUGUUGAAGGAAAUGAAUACAUAUUCAGGGUCAGAGCGGAAAACAAGAUGGGAACUGGACCACCAAUGGAGAGCAAACCUAUUACUGCUAAGACACAAUACAACAGGCCUGGUCCACCUGAUGCACCUGAGGUAACCAAAAUUGGUAAAGAUGAGAUGACUGUGGUAUGGGCUCCUCCUGAAAAUGAUGGUGGAAAGUCUAUCACUGGCUACAUUCUGGAGAGAAAAGAGAAGCGGGCUGUUCGAUGGGUCCCUGUCACAAAGAGCCCUAUCUCUGAAAGGCGUAUGAAGGUCACCAAUUUGAUCCCUAACCAUGAUUAUCAAUUCCGUGUUAAAGCUGAAAAUGAAGUAGGUUUGGGAGAACCAAGCAAACCAUCCAGACCUAUUACUGCAAAAGAUCCAAUUGAACCCCCUGGUCCCCCUGGCAGCCUUAAAGUAGUUGACAGCACAAAGACAUCUAUUACACUUGGCUGGGUGAAGCCUGUGUAUGAUGGUGGUGCUCCAAUUAUUGGAUAUCUGGUUGAAAUGAGGGAUAAGGUGCAAGUGGAAGGUGAACAACAGAGAGAUCCAGAGGAAGGCUGGAAGAAAUGUAAUACUGCUGGACAGCUUGUCAUAACUGAAUUUACAAUGAUUAACUUGGAUGAGAGGCAGGAAUAUGAAUUCCGGGUUUCUGCUCAAAACCAAGUUGGCAUGGGCCGCCCUGCAAACCUCAAGGAAGCUGUAUCACCAAAGGAGAUCCAUGAACCUCCAGAGAUUGAUCUUGAUGCCAGUCUAAGAAAAGGCCUUAGUGUAAGAGCAGGAUGUCCUAUUAGACUUUUUGCAACAAUUAGAGGAAGGCCAGCACCUAAAGUGACUUGGAAGCGCAUUGGUGUUGACAAUGUCAUUAGGAGGGGACAUGUGGAUCAGAUUGAUACUAUGACCUUCCUUGUGAUUCCGGAGUGCUCACGUGAAGACUCUGGAAAAUAUUCUUUGACCCUUUCCAAUGCAUCUGGAGAAAAGGCUGUAUUUGUUCGUGUUAAAGUCUUAGAUACUCCGGGUCCCGUUGGUGGACUAGAGGCAACUGACAUCACCAAGACAACCUGCCAGCUUGCAUGGUUGCCUCCAGAAAAUGAUGGUGGUAGCCCAAUCCUAAACUAUGUUGUUGAGAAGCGUGAGGUUGAUAGAAAGACAUGGACAAAUUGCACAAAUGACUUGAAAAAAACAAGCUUCAAAAUCACAAAUCUGACACCAGGAAUAGAAUACUACUUCCGGGUCAUGGCAGUUAACAAGUAUGGUAUUGGAUUGCCUCAAGACUCUCCAAAAUCCUAUCUGGCUACAGAUCCGAAGAGUGAGCCUGAUCCUCCAAAGAAGAUGGAUGUAUUAGAAAUUACUAAAAACAGUGCAACUCUAGGGUGGCUGAAGCCACUUAGAGAUGGUGGAUCUAAGAUUAAUGGCUACAUUGUUGAAUACCAGCAGGAUGGUCAGCCUGAGGAUAAGUGGACAUUAUACUCUGUUGUGAAAGACUUGACAAUUGUGGUAGCUGGACUGAAAGAAAACACUAAGUACAGAUUCAGGGUUGCUGCUAGAAAUGCAAUAGGAUGCAGUUUGGCAAGAGAGGCUGAGGGCAUAUUUGAAGUCAAGGAACAGCUGAUGCCACCAAAGAUCAUCCUGCCUGAUGUGGUAACAGCAAGGGCAGGAUCUAAACUUGUUGUUGAGGCUCUUGUGUCUGGAAAGCCUGCUCCAGUCACAAAAUGGAAAAGAGGAAAUGAUGACAUAGUUACAUCAGAUCGUCUCUUCAUACAAAAAACACCUACCACAAGUUCACUUUUGGUUAAAGAUGUCACAAGGAAGGAUAGUGGUUAUUAUAGCCUGUCUGCUGAAAACAGCACUGCAAAGGUCAACCAGAUCCUUAGAAUAAUCAUUCAGGACAUCCCUGGUCCUCCACAGGGUCCUCUACAAAUUCUUGAGUUUGACAUGGAUUCCUGCACACUUGCAUGGGAUUCGCCUGCUGAAGAUGGUGGCAGCAACAUCACAAACUAUAUUGUUGAGAAGUGUGAUGUCAGCAGAGGUGACUGGGUCACAGCUGCAUCUUGUACCAAGACCAGCUGCAGAGUUGGGAAGCUCACAUCUGGCAAAGAGUAUGGUUUCCGAGUCCGUGCUGAAAAUCGUUUUGGCAUUUCAGAGCCAAUUUACUCUGAGAAAAUGAUUGCUAGACAUCCAUUUGAUCCACCCAGUGAGCCAAGGAAUUGUUGUGUCAACAAAAUCAACAAGGAAUCUGUUGUGUUGUCAUGGGAGAGACCAGUGAAUGAUGGCGGCAGUCCCAUCACAGGAUAUUGCAUUGAGCGCAAAGAAAGAAAUAGCCUCCUGUGGGUCAAGGCAAAUGAGAUCCUUGUUCGCUCAACUGAAUAUACAUGCUCUGGCCUCAUUGAGGGUCUGGAGUACACAUUCAGAGUCUCGGCUGUCAACAAGGCAGGGCAAGGCAAACCAAGCAAGCAGACAGACUUUAUCACUGCAAGAUCUCCAGUUGAUCCACCUGGAAAACCUGAAGUCCUUGACGUGACUAGAAAUUCUGUCUCUCUUGUCUGGAGCCGUCCCAAACAUGAUGGUGGAAGUAAACUUAUUGGUUAUUACGUUGAAUUUCUGAAGCUUCCAGGUGACAAAUGGGUGCGUGUUAACACAAGCAGUCAAAAUGUACCAAAGGAAGAGUACACUGUUCCUGGACUUGAGGAGGGAGCCCAAUACAAGUUCAGAAUAAUUGCAAAGACAGCAAUUAAUGUCAGUCUCCCCUCAGAGGAAUCUGAUGCUAUCCCAAUUAUUGCAGAACAUGUUCCACCUAGAGUUGAGAUUAGUCUUGAAAUGAAGAACCUAAUUGUUGUCAAAGCUGGAGCAAAUGUCUGCCUGGAUGCUGAUGUUUUUGGCAAACCAUUGCCAAAGGUCAUUUGGAAGAAAGAUGGUAUUCCUUUGAAAUUAGCUGAAGGUAUGAAAAUGACUCAGAAGGUGCAUCACUUCAGCUUGGAAAUGUUCUCUGUGACAAGAAAGGAAUCUGGCGAGUACACCAUUACUGCGGAGAACCCAAGUGGCACAAAGUCUGGCAAUAUUAAAUUGAAGGUUCUAGACAAACCUGGACCCCCAGCAUCAGUGAAGAUAAGCCAUGUUUUUGCAGACCGAGUGAAACUGAGGUGGGAGCCACCUCAUGCAGAUGGUGGUUCUGAAAUUACAAAUUAUAUUAUUGACAAACGAGAAACAAGCAGAGCUAACUGGGCACAAGUUACUGCUAACAUCAAUGGCCAGAUAACAGACUGUUCUGUGGAAAAACUGAUUGAAGGACAUGAAUAUGAGUUCCGCAUCAGUGCUGAGAACAAAUAUGGUGUUGGAGACCCAAUUGUAACUAACUCUGUGAUCGCCAAGAAUCCAUUCGAUGUCCCAGGACCUUGUGAACCUCCAGUUAUUACCAAUAUCACCAGGGAUCACAUGACUGUUAGUUGGAAGGCCCCUGCUAAUGAUGGCAAGGCCACCAUUCUUGGAUACAUGGUCGAGAAACGUGAAACUCAAGACCUCAAUUGGGCUAAAGUGAAUAGACGACCAGUUAUUGACAGGACAAUUAAAGCUGGAGGCCUCACAGAGGGAUCAGAGUAUGAAUUCAGAGUCAUUGCACUCAAUAAAGCUGGUCUUGGCAAACCAAGUGAUCCAUCAGCUGGUGCUCUUGCAGUAGACCCAGUGUAUCCUCCUGGACCACCUGCUUUUCCAAAGGUUGUUGACUCUACACACAGUUCAAUCAGUUUAUCCUGGACCAAGCCUGCCUAUGAUGGCGGAUGUGAAAUUCUAGGCUACCUUGUUGAGUUCAAGAGAGCAGAUGGAGAAGACUGGCUUAAGUGCAAUGUGCCAAAGAAUCUCCAGGCAACAAAAUUUAAUGUUACUGGUCUAAUGGAUAACACAGAGUACCAGUUCCGUGUUACUGCUGUAAAUAAGAUUGGAUUUGGCGAGCCAAGUGAUGUUCCUGGAAAACAUAUGGCAAAGGAUAUCCUAAUUGCCCCGGAGGCUGAACUUGAUGCAGAUCUUAGAAAAGCACUAGUUUUACGUGCUGGAGUCACAAUGAGAAUUUAUGUACCUCUAAGAGGGCGUCCUGCUCCAAAGGCAACAUGGACUAAGGUCAAUGCAAACUUGAAAGAAAGACAAGGCCUUAUGAUCACAACAACUGAAUGGGAUACCUUUGUUUAUUGUGAGGAUAUCAACAGAUAUGAUGCUGGCAAAUAUGUCCUAACUCUAGAAAACAGUAGUGGUACCAAGUCGUAUACCAUUGUUGUCAAAGUACUAGACACACCUGGACCCCCAGUCAAUCUGAUUGUUAAGGAGACCUCAAAGAGCCACGCAUCUAUCACUUGGGAUGCUCCAUUAAUUGAUGGUGGUAGUCCCGUUAAGAGCUAUGUUGUUGAAAAACGUCUGGCUGAGAGAAAGGCUUGGACCUGUGUUGUUGCUGAAUGUCCCAAGACAUCUUUCAGGAUUACUAAUCUCGAAGCUGGUAAAGCUUACUGCUUCAGAGUCUCAGCUGAAAACAUAUAUGGUAUUGGUGAUGGUUGUGAGACAGCUGGACCAGUAAAAGCCUCAGAGCAACCUGGACCAGUUACAGAUUUUAAACCUUCAGAGAUCAGCAAGAACUCUUGCACUCUUGACUGGAAGAAACCAAUCAGUGAUGGUGGAAGCCAUAUUGUUGCAUAUGUUCUAGAGAUCUGUGAAGGGGAAGACAAAUGGAAGAUGCUAAUGAAGUCUAAGCUCACACAGUACACAAUGGCUGACCUUGCAGAAGGAAAAGAGUACCUCUUUAGAGUCAAAGCCAUUAAUGAAGCAGCUGAAGGACCACCAACUGAGCUCGCUGUCUUGGCAAAAGAUCAAAUAGUCCUUCCAGACUGUAAUCUUAAAGGCUUGCCAGACUCUACCUAUGUGGCAAAGGAAGGAAGCACUGUUCGUCUUAAUAUCUCUAUUAGUGGUAUCCCUGCUCCUGCAGUCACUUGGAAAAAGGGUGACAUUACUUUAUCAGACAGUGGCAGGAUCUCAGUUGAAUCAACGGCAACAAACACUGUCUUGCUGAUUCGUGAUUGCAAUAGAGGUGAUGCUGGCAAAUUCACUAUGAUUUUGAGAAACAGUGCUGGAACAAAGGAAUCAGCUAUUGAUAUUAAAGUUGUUGGAAAGCCUGGAAUCUGCACUGGUCCCAUCAAAUUUGAUGAAAUCACAGCUGAAGCGAUUACUGUAGAAUGGGGUCCACCCAAUGAUGAUGGCGGAUCAGAAGUUACCAACUAUAUUUUGGAAAAGAGGCAUUCUACUGCUAACAAGUGGGUCACAGUUGCUUCUGCAAUCCAGAAGAACACUAUGAGAGUUACAAGACUUCACGAUGGAACAGAAUACAUUUUCAGAGUUUGUGCUGAAAAUAAAUAUGGAGUUGGAGAGUUCCUCAAGUCUGAUCCAGUAGUUGCUACUCACCCAUUCAAUGCACCAGGGGCUCCAGCACCACCUGAGGUUGUGAGCAUUCGUCAUGAGUCUGCUAUCCUAACAUGGUCUGAACCAAAAGAUACUGGAGGCUCACCCAUCACAGGGUAUUACGUGGAAUUCAAAGAUAGAAAUAGCUUGAUGUGGAAGAGAGCCAACAAAACACCUUUGAGAGUAAAAGAAUGCAGAGUAACUGGUUUGGUUGAAGGCCUGGAAUAUGAAUUUAGAGUCAUAGCUAUGAAUAUAGCUGGACUUGGAAAGCCCAGCAAAACAACUGAAUCACUUGUGGCUCUUGAUCCAAUUGAUCCACCUGGCAAACCUGAUGUGAUCAAUGUCACAAGAAACAGUGUAACACUUAUUUGGUCUGCACCCAAGUAUGAUGGUGGCCACAGACUAACCGGCUAUAUUGUUGAGAAAUUAGAGCAUCCUGGAAAGACCUGGAUGAAGGCCAACCAUGUGAAUGUCCAAAGCUGUGCAUACACUGUAACAGAUUUACAGGAAGGCUCUACUUGUGAAUUCAGAAUAAGGGCUAAAAAUGCAGCCGGAGCUAUUAGUGCUCCCUCAGAGACAACUGAGCCUCUUGUGUGCAAAGAUGAAUACGAACCACCAACUAUCACAAUUGAUCCUGAAAUGAAGGAUGGAGUGACUGUGAGGGCUGGAGAAACAAUUGUCAUCACAGCAUCAAGCAUUCUUGGCAAACCACCUCCUACAUCUGUGUGGUCUAAGGGUGGAAGAGAAUUCAAGACCUCAGAUAUUGUCCAAAUUACAAGCACUCCCACAUCUUCAACACUGUCAAUCAAGUAUGCCAGCCGAAAGAAUACUGGGGAGUACACUAUUACCGCAAGUAAUCCAUUUGGCAUUAAAGAAGAAAAAGUUAAAGUGAAAAUCCUAGAUGUGCCUGGACCUCCAGGUCCUAUUGAGGCCAGUAGCGUCUCUGCUGAAAAAUGCACAUUGACAUGGUUGCCACCAGAAGAAGAUGGUGGCUGCAGUAUCAAAUCAUAUAUAUUAGAAAAGAGAGAAACCAGCCGCCUACUCUGGACAAAACUUGCUGAAGAUGUUAUGGAUUGCCGCUAUGUUGCCAGCAAGCUGAUAAAGGGAAAUGAAUACAUAUUCCGUGUUUUGGCAGUCAAUCAGUACGGUAUUGGUGAUGCCACACAGUCUGGACCAGUUAAAAUGGUUGAUAGCUUUGGACCUCCUGGGCCGCCUUCAAAACCAGAAAUUGAUAAUGUCAGUAAAAAUGCUGUAACAAUUUCCUGGAAGAGACCAAUUGUAGAUGGAGGAAGUGACAUUAGAGGCUACAGUGUUGAGAGAAAAGAAAGAAGAGGAAUGAGAUGGGUCAGAGCUUCAAAAAAGACAAUUUCUGAUCUACGUUGUAUCUCAGGCCUGUCAGAGGAAAUUGAAUAUGAAUUCCGUGUAACUGCAGAGAAUAAGGCUGGUUUUGGCGAGCCUAGUGAGCCAUCACAACCUGUAAUGACAAAGGAUAUUGCAUAUCCACCUGGACCUCCAUCCAACCCACGGAUUACUGACACUACCAAAACAACUGCAACGUUUAACUGGGGUAGACCCUUCUAUGAUGGUGGACUUGAUGUGGCAGGAUACAUUGUUGAACAUAAAAAGGAAGGCGAUGAUGAUUGGGUUCAAGACACAAUUGCUCCAUUGAGAAUAACAGAAUUUGUAGUUUCAAAUCUACAAUCAGGAGGAAAAUACCACUUCAGAGUAAAAGCACUGAAUUCAGAAGGACUUGGUGAACCUUCUGAAGUUGAGCAAGUUGUUGAACUAGUAGAUAGAGAGGAGGCUCCUGAAUUUGAACUUGAUGCAGAAUUGAGAAGGACUCUUGUUGUUAAGUCAGGUGCUUCAAUCCGCAUAUUUGUGCCAAUCAAGGGAAGGCCAACUCCAGACGUAACAUGGCAUAAGGAAGAUGUACCGCUUAAAGGCCGUGCACACAUUGACACUACAGAAUCAUACACUCUUGUAGUCAUCCCUGAGUGUACAAGAUAUGAUGCUGGGAAAUAUGUCCUAACAUUGGAAAAUGUAGCUGGAAAGAAGUCUGGAUUUGUAAAUGUUCGUGUUGUGGACACCCCAGGACCUCCAGUAAAUUUGAAACCAAGUGAAAUCACAAAGAAUAGCAUUACUUUACAAUGGGAGAUUCCAAUCAUUGAUGGUGGUUCAAAGAUUACAAACUAUAUUAUUGAGAAGCGGGACGCAACACGAAAGGCUUACUCAGUUAUUACAGCAAACUGGCAGAAAUGCUCAUACAAGAUUCCAGACUUGGAAGAGGGUGCUGAAUAUUACUUUAGAGUUUCUGCUGAGAAUGAAAGGGGCAUUGGUGAACCGGCAGAGACACCUGUACCAAUAAGAGCUUCUCAGGCUCCUUCUGCACCAGAUAAUCUGAUUGUUUCAGAUUUUUCCAAGGACACAGCAACUCUUGCAUGGACAAAACCAAAAUAUGAUGGUGGUAGUCGAAUAACUGGCUAUGUGAUAGAGGCUCAGCUAAAAGAUUCUGAACAGUGGACACAUGUGACAACAAUAAAAGCUUUGGAUUACACUGCAACAGAAUUAGUUGAAAAUGCAGAAUAUGUGUUCCGCAUCUUUGCUGUAAACAGCUCAGGCAGGAGUGAACCGCGUGAAAGUCGACCAGUUGUAAUCAAGGAGCAAACCACUGCUCCAGAAUUUGACCUCAGGAGUGUAUAUCAGAAGAUGGUGGUAGUUAAAGCAGGUGAUAAUCUUAAAGUUGAAAUCCCUGUUCUGGGGCGUCCAAGACCUCUUGUUGUAUGGAAGAAAGAAGAUCAGGAACUUAAACAAACUCAGAGAAUAAACAUUGAAAAUACUACAACAUCUACAAUUCUCAACAUUAAUGAAAUUAAGAGAAAAGAUGGAGGACAGUAUUCAAUGACAGGAAAGAACAUCUUAGGAACUGUGACUGAAAUCAUUACUGUUCAAGUACAUGAUAUUUCAGGACCUCCAACUGGACCAAUAAAAUUAGAUGAGGUUUCUUGUGACUAUGUGAUAAUAUCAUGGGAAGCUCCAGAAAAUGAUGGAGGAGUUCCUAUUAAUAACUACAUUGUUGAAAUGCGUGAGACAACUGGCACAUCCUGGGUGGAACUGGCAGCAACUGUUAUUCGCACAACAUUUAAAGCUGCACGCCUUACAACUGGUAUUGAAUAUCAAUUCCGUGUAAAAGCUCAAAACAGAUAUGGUGUUGGACCCUAUAUAACAUCAGAACCGGUGGUGGCUGCUUAUCCAUUCGAUGUUCCAGGACAGCCUGGAAUUCCACAAGUAGUUGCCUUCACCAAGGAUUCAAUGACAGUCAGCUGGAAUGAACCUUCUUCAGAUGGAGGUAGCCCAAUUUUAGGAUACCAUAUCGAGAGGAAAGAGAAGAACAGCAUACUCUGGCAGAGAAUCAGCAAAGCUCUAGUUGUUGGCAAUAUGUUUAAAUCACCAGGUCUAAUUGAUGGUAUUGCAUAUGAAUUCCGUGUUAUUGCAGAAAAUAUGGCUGGCCUCAGCAAAGCAAGUAAGCCAUCUGAGAUGACAUAUGCACUUGAUCCUGUAGACCCCCCAAGUCAACCAGUGGCACUUAACAUAACUAGACAUGAAGUUACUCUUCAAUGGACAAAACCAGAGGGUGAUGGUGGUUUCUCAAUAACUGGAUAUACAGUUGAAAAAAGAGAGCUGCCUAAUGGUCGCUGGCUGAAAGCCAACUUCAGCAACAUUCUUGAAACAUCCUUCACUGUAAGUGGUCUAACAGAAGAUGCAUCUUAUGAAUUCCGUGUAUUAGCAAGGAACUCAGCUGGAGCUGUCAGCAAACCAUCUAAACCUUCAGAGGUCAUUGUCUGCAGAGAUGACAUUGAAGAGCCAAAAAUUGAUGCUGAUGCAAGUUUCAGUAGCGCCGUGGUAGUUAAAGCAGGAGAUAUCUUCAAGCUAGAUGCACGUGUCACAGGUCGCCCAAUUCCAUCCUUGGUUUGGACUAAAGAUGGCAAGGAGCUUGAAGACACUGGAAAACUAGAGAUCAAGACAUCAGAUUUCUAUACUUGUUUGAUUAACAAAGAUUCUUUACGUAGAGAUGGUGGUGCAUACACUCUAACUGCUAGCAAUCCAGGAGGAUUUGCCAAAUUUGUCUUCAACGUUAAAGUUCUUGACAGACCUGGCCCACCUGAAGGACCACUGCAUGUCACAGAUAUGACAACAGAGAAAUGUAUCCUGUCAUGGCUGCCACCACUUCACGAUGGAGGAGGAAAGAUUGAAUAUUACGUCAUUCAAAGACGUGAAACAAGUAGACUUACAUGGACAAAUGUAGCCACAGAUUUACAAGUAAACCGCUAUAAGGUUACCAAAUUGCUAAAAGGAAAUGAAUAUAUCUUCAGAGUCAUGGCUGUGAACAAGUAUGGAGUUGGAGAACCUCUGGAAUCUGAGCCUGCUGUUGCUACUAACCCAUAUGUGCCUUCUGAUCCUCCACAGGCACCAGAAGUAACUGCUAUAACAAAAGAUUCAAUGGUGGUUUGUUGGGGACAUCCUGAACACAAUGGUGGAAGUAGUAUAAAUACCUACAUCAUUGAAAGGAGAGAUAAAACUGGUCUUCGUUGGGUAAAAUGCAAUAAAAGGACUGUUACUGAUCUACGCUUCAAAGUGUCAGGACUAACACCUGGCCAUGAAUAUGAAUACAGAAUCCUAGCUGAAAAUGCUGCUGGUUUAAGUGCUCCAAGCCCUUCAAGUCCAUUCUACAAAGCAUGUGACACAAUAUUCCAACCUGGACCCCCUGGAAAUCCUAGAGUUUUGGAUACAACUAAGUCAUCCAUUACUAUUGCUUGGAAUAAACCAGUUUAUGAUGGUGGCUCAGAUAUCACAGGUUAUAUUGUUGAAACCUGCCUGCCAGAGGAAGAUGAAUGGACAAUUGUCACUCCACACGCUGGUCUAACAGCAACAUCGUUCACCAUAACCAACCUAACUGAAAACCAAGAGUAUAAAAUCAAUAUUUCAGCUCUUAACUGUGAAGGUAUUGGAGAGCCAGCCUCUGUGCCUGGUUCACCUAAAGCGGAAGACCGACUCCUUCCACCAGAAAUCGAGCUUGACUCCGACCUUCGGAAAGUAGUGAACAUCAGAGCAUGCAGUACCUUAAGAUUAUUUGUGCCAAUUAAAGGAAGACCUGCACCAGAAGUCAGAUGGUCAAGGGAGUCAGGCGAACCCCUUGAUAGAGCAUCUAUUGAAAUUACAUCAUCCUUCACCACAGUAGUUGUUGAGAAUGUAAACAGAUUUGAUGGUGGAAAAUAUAUUUUAACAGUGGAAAACAGUUCAGGAACUAAAACGGCGUUUGUUAAUGUCAGAGUUCUUGACACUCCUGAUGCACCACAGAACCUUACAAUUAAGGAAAUCACAAAAGAUUCUGCUUCCCUCAUCUGGGAUCCUCCAGUCAUUGAUGGAGGAUCAAGAAUCAGGCAUUAUAUUGUUGAAAAACGUGAAUCUGCACGAAAAGCAUAUUCCAUCGUCAACGCCUCCUGUCCCAAAACAAGUUGUAGAAUUGGAGACUUACAGGAAGGAAGCAUGUAUUUCUUCAGAAUUUUAGCUGAAAAUGAGUAUGGUGUUGGUCUUCCAGUAGAGACCACAGAAGCUAUAAAAAUCUCUGAGAGACCCCUUCCUCCUGGAAAAGUGACUUUAAAAGAAGUAACUGGAAACAGUGUAAAACUUUCUUGGGAAAAGCCGGACCAUGAUGGAGGAAGCAGAAUUACAGGUUAUAUUGUUGAAAUGCAAGGGAAAAACAGUGAAAAAUGGACACAAGUAAUGACUGUUAAAGUAACAGAGGCAAUUGUUGUUGGCCUAACACAAGGUGAAGAAUACUCCUUCCGUAUUUCAGCAACUAAUGAAAAGGGAACCAGUGAUCCACGUCCACUUAGUGUCCCUGUAGUUGCCAUGGAUGUUAUUAUUGCUCCUGCCUUCAAACUGUUGUUCAGCACAUUCAGUGUUCUGGCAGGUGAUGAUCUGAAAAUUGAUGUGCCUUAUGUUGCCCAGCCCAAGGCAGCAGUUACCUGGCAAAAAGAUGGUAUUGCUCUGAAAGAGACAACAAGAGUAAAUGCUGAAGUGGCAGAGAAACACCUUUACCUUGUGAUUAAAGAGGCAACACGGGAUGAUGUGGGCAAAUAUACUAUUAAACUGACAAAUUCAGCUGGUGAAGCUACAGCAGACAUCAGUGUUAUUGUACUUGAUAAACCUGGACCACCAACUGGCCCAAUCAAAAUAGAUGAGGUUACUGCAGACAGUGUUACAUUAUCAUGGCAGCCUCCAGAGUAUGAAGGAGGCUGUAGCAUUAAUAACUAUAUUGUGGAAAAACGAGACACAUCUACUACCAACUGGCAGAUUGUAUCUGCAACAGUGGCAAGAACAACAACUAAAGCGGCAAGAUUGAAAACUGGCUGUGAAUAUCAAUUUAGGAUUGCUGCUGAAAAUAGAUAUGGAAAGAGUUCAGUUCUUCUGUCUGAGCCUGUUGUUGCAAAAUAUCCCUUUGAGAUUCCAAAUCCUCCAGGAACUCCAACUGUUCAAUCUGCUACUAAAGAAAGCAUGGUUAUCAUGUGGAACAAACCCAGUAGUGAUGGUGGAAGCAAGAUUUUGGGAUAUCACAUUGAGAGUAAGGAAAGAAACAGCCUUCUGUGGGUAAAACAAAACAAAAUGCUUGUUCCAGAUGCAAGAUUCAAGAUAGGUGGCCUUGAAGAAGGCAUUGAAUAUGAAUUUAGAGUUUAUGCUGAGAAUAUAGUUGGUCUAAGCAAAGCUAGCAAAGUAUCAGAAAUACAGGUGGCUAGAGAUCCAUGUGACCCUCCAGGCAAACCUGAAGCAGUGAUUGUCACAAGAAGCUCUGUAACACUCAGGUGGACACCACCACAGUUUGAUGGUGGCAACAAGAUUACCGGAUAUGUCAUUGAGAAAAAAGAAUUGCCUAAUGGCCGCUGGAUGAAAGCCUCUUUUACGAAUAUCAUUGAGACUGAAUUUGUUGUCAGUGGUUUGGUAGAGGAACAGCAGUAUGAAUUCCGUGUCAUUGCAAGAAAUUCUGCAGGUGUGUCUAGUGCUCCAUCAGACAGUACUGGUGCGAUCACAGCAAAGGAUGAAGUUGAUCCACCCCAAAUUGACUUGGAUGCCAAAUAUUCCCAAACUAUUGUUGUUAAUGCUGGAGAAUCAUUCAAAGUAGAUGCAGGGAUACUUGGCAAACCUAUUCCUUCAGUUCACUGGAUAAAAGCUGGCGAAGAACUUACAAAUACUGCAAGACUUGAGAUAAAGAAUACUGACUUCACAACAACUCUUAGUGUGAAGGAAGCUAUCCGUGUUGAUGGAGGCCAGUAUACAUUGCUACUGAAAAAUGUUGGUGGGGAGAAAACAGCAAUUGUCAAUGUCAAGGUUUUGGACAGACCUGGGCCUCCAGAUGGACCAAUUUCAAUCUAUGGUGUUACCAGUGAAAAGUGCUGCAUUGCCUGGAAAACUCCCUUGCAUGAUGGAGGUGCAGAGGUAUCUCAUUACAUUGUGGAAAGAAGAGAGACCAGCCGAUUAGUUUGGACUGUUGUGGAAUCUAAGGUACAAACCCUCAAUCUGAAAAUUACAAAACUUCUUCCUGGAAAUGAAUAUAUUUUCAGAGUGAUACCUGUAAAUAAAUAUGGAAUUGGUGAGCCUUUGGAAUCUGAUCCAGUGAUUGCAGCAAAUCCAUUUGUCCCACCUGAUGCACCAAGUAACGUUGAAGUGUCAAAUAUAACAAAGGAUUCCAUGGUUAUAACAUGGGAAAGACCCACUAAUGAUGGUGGCAAUGCAAUUGGAGGAUACAUUGUAGAAAAGAGAGACAAAGAAGGAGUUAGGUGGACAAGAUGCAACAAACGUGUAGUGAGUGAACUACGCUUUAGAGUAACAGGACUUCUUGAAAACCGAAGUUAUGAAUUCCGUGUGUCUGCUGAGAAUGCAGCUGGAGUCGGUAAACCAAGUCCACCCACAGUUUAUUUCAAGGCAGUGGAUCCAGUCUUCAAGCCUGGUCCACCAAACAACCCCAAGGUAAUUGAUGUCUCAAGAGCAUCUGUUUUCCUGCAUUGGGGAAAGCCAAUUUAUGAUGGUGGCUGUGAAAUUCAGAGUUAUAUUGUUGAGGCAUCUGAAGUGACUUCUGAUGAAUGGAUGAUGUGUACACCACCCUCUGGGAUAACAGAAACAAGAUUUGAGGUUAAAAAACUGCUUGAAAAGCAUGAGUACAAAUUCAGAAUCUGUGCUGUAAACAAGGUUGGUGUGGGAGAAACAGCUGAUAUUCCAGGAACCGUUAUUAUAGAGGACAAACUUGAGGCACCAGAUAUUGACCUUGAUGCUGACCUAAGAAAGAUGAUAACUGUUAGGGCUGGAGGCUCUCUCAGGUUGUUUGUUCCUAUUCGUGGACGACCAACUCCUGAAGUCAAGUGGGGAAAGGCUGAAGGUGAAAUCAAUGAGGCAGCUCAAAUUGAUAUUACAAGCAGUUUCACCUCUCUCAUAAUUGAAAAUGUUAAUAGAUUUGACAGUGGAAAAUAUAAUUUAACUCUGGAAAAUGCCAGUGGGGUAAAAUCUGCAUUUAUAAGUGUCAGAGUCUUAGAUACUCCUGAUGCACCUGCAAACUUCCGUGUAAAAGAAAUAACAAAGAAUUCAGUCACUCUUACUUGGGAACCACCUUUGCUGGAUGGGGGAGCUAAAAUUAAAAACUAUAUUGUUGAAAAACGAGAGAGUACAAGAAAGGUCUACUCUGCGGUUGCUACCUGCAACAAAAUGACAUGGAAAAUUGAACCACUUCAAGAGGGAAGCAACAUUUUCUUCAGGGUUCUUGCUGAAAACGAACAUGGUAUUGGAUUGCCUGCAGAGACUCUAGAACCAAUAAAGAUCUCAGAAGUGCCACAGCCCCCUGGUAAAGUUUCUCUAGUGGAUGUUACACGAAAGAGUGUUUCUCUCAAAUGGGAAAAACCAGAGCAUGAUGGAGGAAGCAGAAUUUCUUAUUAUGAAGUUGAAAUGCAAGCUAAAGAUCAAGAUAAAUGGUCUCUUUGUGCUCAAGUUAAAUCUCUCGACACUGUUGUAACUAAUUUAGCCCAAGGUGGGGAGUACAAUUUCAGAGUCAUUGCUGUCAAUGACAAGGGAAAGAGUGAUCCCAGACUCUUGGCAAAUCCUGUUGUUGCAAAGGAUCUUGCUAUUCAGCCCUCAGUAAGAACAAAACUUAGUACCUAUAAUGUACAGGUUGGGCAUGAUUUGAAAAUUGAAGCACGAAUUGCUGGUCAUCCAAAACCAACCAUUACAUGGACCAAAGAUGGUUCAGCUCUUAAACAGACCACAAGAGUAAAUGUUGCUGAUACUGCACAUCAUACAACUCUUACCAUCAAAGAUGCAACAAGAGAAGAUGGUGGUAUGUAUAACAUUGCUGUGGCUAAUGUACUUGGACAGGCAGAAGCCACUGUUGAAAUAAUUAUACUUGAAAAGCCUGGCCCACCAACAGGUCCAGUAAGGAUUGAUGAAGUGAGUGCAGAGAGCAUUACACUAUCUUGGGAUCCACCAACAUACACUGGAGGCUGUCAGAUUUCAAAUUAUAUUGUCCAAAAGAGAGACACCACCACCACUAACUGGGUAGUUGUUUCUGCCACAGUAGCAAGAACCACACUUAAAGUUGGUAAUUUAAAAACUGGAGCUGAAUACCAGUUUAGAAUUUUUGCUGAGAAUAGGUAUGGUAAAAGCUAUGGUAUUGACUCAGAUCCAGUUCUUGCCCAGUAUCCUUUCAAGGAGCCUGGGCCUCCAGGAACUCCAUUUGUGUCUGCAUUCACAAAAGAAUCUAUGGUUGUUGAAUGGCACAAACCAGUCUCAGAUGGUGGAAGUGUAAUUCUAGGAUAUCACCUAGAGAGAAAAGAGAAAAAUAGCAUUCUUUGGACAAAGAUCAAUAAAAUACUAAUUCAAGACACCAGAUUUAAAACAUCUCCUUUGGAAGAGGGCAUUGAAUAUGAAUUCAGAGUCUAUGCUGAAAACAUAGUGGGAAGUGGAUUGUGCAGCAAAGUCUCUGAGGGUUGUGUGGCACGUGACCCAUGUGACCCACCAGGCACCCCUGUGCCAGUGAUUGUGACAAGACACUCAGUGAAGCUUAGAUGGACACCACCAGAAUAUGAUGGAGGGAGCCUUGUCACUGGAUAUGUUGUGGAGAAACGAGACCUGCCAGAGGGCCGUUGGAUGAAAGCUAGUUUUACAAACAUUCUUGAAACUGAAUUUACAGUCACAGGCCUGACAGAAGACUGCAAAUAUGAUUUCAGAGUUAUUGCCAGAAAUGGAGCUGGGUCAGUUAGUAGACCCUCUGUGAGCACAGGCUCAAUUACAGCUAAAGAUGAAGUUGAACCACCAACCUACGAUGUUGCCUCAGAGUAUAGCCAAAUAUUGACCGUGAAUGCUGGAGACACAUUUACCCUGGAAGCAUCUAUCCUAGGAAAGCCAGUUCCUACAAUACAGUGGUUUAAGGGUGAUGUGGAAGUUGAAAAUUCAGCAAGAGCUGAGAUCAAGAAUUCUGACUUCAAAGCAAUUCUUGUUGUCAAAGAUGCCAUUCGAAUCGAUGGAGGACAAUACACACUGCACCUUACUAAUGUGGCUGGAACAAAAUCUGUUGCCUUCAAUGUAAGAGUCCUUGAUAGACCUGGACCCCCUGAAGGUCCUUUGACAGUCUCUGGUGUAACAUGUGAGAAGUGUUCAUUGUCAUGGCUGCCUCCAAAACAUGAUGGUGGUAGUAGCAUUUCUUAUUAUGUCAUACAGAAGAGAGAAACAAGUCGUCUGGCUUGGACUGUAGUUUCAGGUGAUUGUGGAGCAACCAUGUUUAAAGUUACUAAACUUCUGAAAGGAAACGAAUACAUAUUUCGUGUCAUGGCUGUCAACAAGUAUGGAGUUGGCGAACCACUUGAGUCUGUAGCAGUGAUUAUGAGAAAUCCUUUUGUUCCACCUGGACCCCCUAAAGAGCUAGAAAUAACAAAUAUUUCAAGGGACUCUAUGACAGUAUGCUGGACUCGUCCUGAAACUGAUGGUGGAAAUGAGAUUGUCGGUUACAUUGUAGAGAAGAGAGACAGAGCUGGAGUGCGGUGGACAAAAUGUAACAAACGCAGAGUUACAGAUUUACGUUUCAGAGUCACAGGCUUGACAGAGGAUCAUGAAUAUGAAUUCAGGUUAUCUGCAGAAAAUGCUGCUGGCGUUGGACAGCCAAGUCCACCAACUGAAUAUUACAAAGCCUGUGAUCCAACAUUUAAGCCUGGCCCACCAACUAAUGCACACCUUGUUGACACUACAAAGAAUUCAGUCACAAUUGCUUGGAGCAGACCAAUUUAUGAUGGUGGUUUAGACAUCCAAGGCUAUGUUGUUGAGAUAUGUAAAGCUGAUGAAGAAGAAUGGACCACAUGUACUCCACCCUCUGGAUUAAGCAAUACAAAAUUUACAAUAACUAAACUCACUGAACAUCAAGAAUACAAAGUUCAUAUAUGUGCUCUUAACAAACUGGGUGUUGGUGAGCCAGUGUCUAUCCAAGGAACUGUCAAACCAGUGGAUAAGAUAGAUGCCCCUGAAAUUGAGCUUGACUCUGAGUUGAGGAAAGGUAUUAUUGUACAUGCUGGAGGGUCUAUGAGAAUCAGCAUACCAUUCAAAGGACGCCCCAUUCCUGAGAUAAACUGGACCAAGGAUGAGGGAGAUUUACCAGAUAAAGCCCAAAUAGAAAAGGGACCAGACUACACUCAGUUAUCAAUUGAUAUAUGUGACAGAAAUGAUGCUGGAAAAUAUACUCUGACAUUGGAAAAUAAUGCUGGCACUAAAUCUGCCUUUGUGUCAGUGAAAGUACUCGAUACACCAGGUGCUCCACAGAGCCUUGUUGUGAAAGAUGUAACAAGAAACUAUGCCACCCUCAUUUGGGAACCUCCCCUUAUAGAUGGUGGUUCAAAAAUCAAAAAUUAUAUAAUUGACAAGAGAGAAUCAAACAGACAAGGAUUUGUAAACAUUACUAACAAGUGCUCCAAGACCAGUUUCCGCGUGGGUGAUUUGAUAGAGGGUGGUAUUUAUUACUUCAGAGUCAUGGCAGAAAAUGAAUUUGGAAUUGGUCUUCCUAUAGAAACAGAAGAAUCUGUGAAGACAGCAGAUCCUCCUUUAUCCGUUGGCAAGGUAACUUUGACUGAUGUAACAAAAACCACAGCAUCACUUUCCUGGGAUAAACCAGAUCAUGAUGGUGGUAGUAGAAUCUUGGGUUAUUAUAUUGAAAUGCAGCCAAAAGGAUCUGAAGAGUGGAUAAUUGCGACAGUCACCAAAACGUGUGAAGGUACAGUGACAGGACUUAGUUCAGGACAAGAGUACUUCUUCAGAGUUUUAGCUUACAAUGAGAAGGGUAAAAGUGAUCCAAGGCCAUUGGUUGCUCCUGUGAUAGCCAAAGAUGUUACUAUUGAACCAAGCUUCAAACUACAUUUCAGCACAUACAGUGUUCAAUCUGGUGAAGAUCUCAAAGUGGAAAUACCAUUUAAAGGGCGUCCAACUCCAAAGAUUGCAUGGAUGAAAGAUGGACAAGCACUGAAAGAAACAACCAGAUUAAAUGUCUCAAGCAACAGUUCUUCAACAGUUCUUAAAAUUAAAGAUGCAAAUAGAGAGGACUCUGGCAAGUAUACAGUUACAGCUACAAAUAACAUUGGUAUGGUCACAGAAGAGAUUGGCAUAAUCAUUCUUGACAAGCCAGGCCCACCAGUUGGACCAGUUAAAAUUGAUGAAGUAAGUGCCACCUAUGUUACCAUCUCCUGGGAGCCACCUGUAUAUACAGGAGGUUGUCAGAUAAACAACUACAUAGUGGAAAAGCGUGAUACAACCACUACUAACUGGCAGAUUGUUUCAGCAACCAUUGCUCGUAGCACAAUCAAAGUCACGAAGCUCAAGACUGGUUCUGAAUAUCAGUUCAGAGUGUUUGCUGAGAACAGAUAUGGAAAGAGCACAUCGCUUGAUUCAGCACCAGUUGUGGUCAGUUAUCCUUUUACUGAGCCUGCAGCUCCUGGUGCACCAUUUGUUUCAUCAGUGACAAAGGACCACAUGACAAUUGAAUGGAAACCCCCUAACAAUAAUGGGGGUAGCCCUGUUAUUGGGUAUCAUCUUGAACGUAAAGAAAAGAACAGCAUCUUAUGGACCAAACUUAACAAACUUCUAAUAACUGACACUCGAUUAAAAACGAAUGGUCUGGAGGAGGGAAUUGAAUAUGAAUUCAGAGUGUAUGCUGAAAAUAUUGCAGGUAUCAGUCCAUCAAGUAAAGUCUCAGAAAGUGUUGUUGCUCGUGAUCCAUGUGAUCCCCCUGGAAUUCCUGAAGCCAUUGUUAUCACAAGAAACCUAAUAACUCUUCAGUGGGCCAAACCCCAGUAUGAUGGUGGUAGUGCAAUCACAGGAUACAUUAUUGAAAGGAAGAAGCUGCCUGAAGGUCGUUGGAUGAAGGCCAGCUUCACAAAUAUUAUAGACACACAGUUUACAAUAACUGGACUGAAAGAAGAACAAAGAUAUGAAUUUAGAGUUAUUGCCAGAAAUGCAGCUGGUAUUUUAAGUGUACCCUCUGAAAGCACUGGACCAAUUACUGCUCAGGAUGAGAUUGAAGCACCAUCUGUCUCCAUGGAUUCAAAAUUCAGAGAUGCUAUCAUUGUAAAGGCCGGUGAGUCCUUUACUAUUGAUGCUGACAUUACUGGAAAACCACUUCCUGAUAUUAUGUGGCUUAAGGAUGGAAAAGAAAUUGACAGCACUACACCCAGAAUGGAGAUUAAAUCCACCAUAACACAAACAGUUUUGAGUGUUAAGGACUGCAUCAGAGUAGAUGGUGGUCAUUUCCUCUUAAGCCUCAGUAAUGUUGGUGGAACCAAACAGGUACCCAUUACUGUCAAGGUUCUUGAUAGACCUGGUCCACCUGAUGGCCCUCUGAAAGUAACUGGUGUCACAGCAGAAAAAUGUUAUUUACACUGGAGCCACCCAUCACAUGAUGGUGGAGCUAGCAUUUCUCAUUACAUUAUUGAAAAAAGGGAAACUAGCAGAUUGUCAUGGACAGUAGUCGAACCUAAAAUUCAAGCAAUUAGUUACAAAGUCACUAAACUCCUACCAGGUAAUGAGUAUAUAUUCAGAAUCAUGGCAGUGAACAAGUAUGGUAUUGGUGAACCACUUGAAUCCGAACCUGUUCUUGCAAAAAAUCCCUUCAACAAACCUGGACCACCUUCUACUCCAGAAGCAAGUGCAAUCACCAGAGAUUCAAUAGUCCUCACAUGGGAACGGCCAGAGGACGAUGGUGGAUCACAAAUUGAUGGUUAUGUUCUUGAGAAACGAGAUAAAGAGGGUAUAAGAUGGACGAAGUGUAACAAGAAAAGACUGAAUGACUUGAGAUUCAGAGCUGCUGGGCUUACAGAGGGACACUUUUAUGAAUUCAGAGUCUCUGCGGAAAAUGCUGCUGGUGUAGGCACACCAAGUGAAACAUCUGAGUAUUACAAAGCAUGUGAUGCAACUUAUCCUCCUGGUCCUCCUAAUAAUCCUAAAAUAACAGACCACUCAAGCACAACUGUUUCCUUAGCAUGGAGUAGACCAAUUUAUGAUGGUGGAGCACAGGUGUCAGGAUACAUUGUUGAGGUAAAGGAAGUUAAUGAAGAUGAAUGGACUGUGUGCACUCCACCAACUGGUGUGCAAACAACUCACUUCACUGUCAAAAAAUUAAAGGAAAAUGCAGAAUACAACUUCCGGAUUUGUGCACUUAAUAUUGAGGGUGCUGGAGAGCAUAUUGAUGUUCCAGGAUCUGUAAUUGCUGCUGAAAAACUUGAAACUCCUGAGAUAGAACUUGAUUCAGAUCUUAGGAAAUGUGUGACUGUGCGUGCCAGUGCAACACUUCGGUUAUUUGUCACCAUAAGGGGAAGGCCUGAGCCAGAGGUUAAGUGGAAAAAGGCAGAUGGUACCUUACCAGAACGUGCUCAAAUUGAAGUAACAGGCUCUUACACUGUGCUUGUUAUUGACAACGUGAAUAGAUUUGAUACUGGCAAAUAUGUUGUGACCCUUGAAAAUAAUAGUGGCACAAAAUCUGCAUUUAUUAAUGUCAAGGUUCUUGACUCUCCAAGUGCUCCAGUGAACUUUGAAAUUAAGGAUGUAAAGAGAGAUUUUGUCCAGCUACAGUGGGAGCCUCCACAAAUUGAUGGCGGAGCCAAGAUCACCCAUUACAUUGUGGAAAAGCGAGAAUCUAAAAGGCUGGCAUUCACAACUGUGUCAAACAACUGUGUCAGAAAUUCAUUCAAAGUUGAUGGUCUCCAAGAAGGAGGUCUUUACCACUUCCGUGUAUUGGCUGUGAAUGAACUUGGUGUUGGUUUGCCUGCAGAGACCAUAGAGGCUGUCAAAGUUUCCCAAUCACCCUUACCACCUGGUAAAAUUACAGUUGUUGAUGUAACACGCCAUACUGUUACUCUAGCAUGGGAAAAGCCAGAUCAUGAUGGUGGCAGUAAAAUCACAGGGUACACAGUGGAAAUGAUGACAAAAGGAUCAGAUAAAUGGACUGUAUGUGCUACAGUAAAAGCACUGGAAGCCAAAAUUGAAGGACUUACUACAGGAGAGGAAUACAGCUUCAGAAUAACAGCAAUUAAUGAUAAAGGAAAAAGUGAUCCUAAACCCCUAGGAGCAUCUGUUGUGGCAAGAGAUAUUACUAUUGAACCCAUUAUUGAUUUGCUGUUUAAUACCUACAAUGUAAAAGCUGGAGAUGAUCUCAAAAUUGAUGUUCCAUUCAGAGGCAGACCUGCUCCAGAGGUUACAUGGAAAAAGGAUGGUCACUCAUUAAAGGAAACAACCAGAGUUAAUGUGUUGACAUCAAAGACAUCAUCAAAAAUUGUCAUCAAGGAUGCAACAAGAGAGGAUGUUGGAAAAUAUGAAAUUACUUUAACUAAUUCAAUUGGUGUCAAAUCAGCAGAGAUAUCUGUUAUUGUUCUUGACAAACCAGGUCCUCCAGGUGCAAUAAAGGUAGAUGAAAUAAGUGCUGAUUUUAUUUCACUAUCUUGGGACCCUCCAAUUUAUGAUGGUGGCUGUCAAAUUAAUAAUUAUGUGGUCGAGAAGAGAGACACAACCACUACAGCAUGGCAAAUUGUUUCAGCUACAGUUGCAAGAACAUCAAUCAAAGUAACUCGUUUGACACAAGGAACAGAAUAUCAGUUCCGUGUUGCUGCAGAGAACCGUUAUGGUAAAAGCCAUGCAGUUGAUUCCACUCCAAUUGUUGCACAGUACCCCUUCUCACCUCCAGGUCCUCCAACUAGUCUUCACAUUUCUCAAGCCACUAAAUCAGGAAUGCUAGUUACCUGGAACAGACCAGCAAGUGAUGGUGGAAGUCCCGUCAUUGGAUAUCACUUGGAAUGCAAAGAUCAGAGCAGCAUUCUCUGGACAAAGAUGAACAGAGGACCAAUUACAGAAACUCAGUUCAAGGUAACUGGUUUGGAAGAAGGCCUCUUGUAUCAGUAUAGGGUAUAUGCUGAAAAUGUAGCUGGCAUUGGACCUUGCACAAAAGCAUGUGAUCCUGUUUCUGCCCGAGAUCCAUGUGCGCCUCCAGGUCAGCCAGUAGUUAUGAACAUCACAAGAACAUCUGUUUCUCUCUCCUGGGCAAUACCUGAGUUUGAUGGUGGAGCUAAGGUGACUGGCUACAUUGUUGAACGCAGGGAACUUCCAGAUGGGCGCUGGUUAAAGUGUAAUUUCACAAAUCUUCAAGAAACAUUCUUUGAUGUGACAGGCCUGAUUGAAGAUCAAAGAUACGAUUUCCGUAUAAUUGCUAAGAAUGCAGCUUGCUUACUCAGUGAACCAUCAGAGGGUACAGGGCCUGUGACUGUAAAAGAUGAUGUUGAUCCACCUCGCAUCACAAUUGAGGACAAGCUAAGACAACUGGUUGUAGUGAAAGCUGGAGACUUACUGAGAAUUGAUGCUGAAAUAUCAGGACGUCCAAUUCCUGUGAUUUCAUGGGCAAAGGAUGGAAAAGAGAUUGAAGCAAAGGCCAGAUUUGAAAUUUCUUCAACACUCACUAGUACAACACUUAUCGUGAGAGAUGCUAUUAGACGAGACUCAGGACAGUAUGUUCUAACAUUGCAAAAUGUUGCAGGAACCAGAUCUUUGGCUGUAAACUGUAAGGUCCUGGACAGGCCUGGUCCAUCAGCUGGACCAUUGGAUGUAACUGGUAUGACUGCAGAGAAAUGUACAUUAACCUGGGGACCACCUCAAGAAAAUGGAGGUGCUGAAAUUCAGCACUACAUAGUUGAGAAACGUGAAACAAGCCGGCUUGCCUGGACUCUGAUCUAUGCAGAUAUGAAGGCCACAACAUGUAAAGUAACAAAACUGCUUAAAGGUAAUGAAUAUAUAUUUAGAGUUCGGGGAGUUAAUAAGUAUGGAACCGGUGAAGCUCUUGAGAGUGAUCCUGUUAAAGCAAUGGAUCCAUUUACAAUCCCUGUUGCACCAACAAAUGUUGAAGUCACCAGUGUUACAAGUGAAGCAAUGACAAUUUGCUGGGAAAGACCUGUAUCUGAUGGAGGCAGUAGUAUUUCUGGCUAUGUAAUUGAGAAACGCGAGAAAUCUGGUCUACGUUGGGUACGUGUCAACAAAAAGCCUGUUUAUGACUUAAGAGUAAAAGCUUCCAAUCUCCGUGAAGGAGCGGAGUAUGAAUACAGAGUAUUUGCAGAGAAUGCUGCUGGUUUGAGUGCACCAAGUGUGCCAUGCCCACUAAUAAAAGCAGAGGAUCCAUUGUUCCUACCAUCACCUCCAGCUAAACCUAAAAUAAUUGAUUCUACUAAAACAUCAAUAACUUUGUCUUGGAACAAGCCAUUAUUUGAUGGUGGCUCUCCAGUUACAGGAUAUAUGGUGGAAUACAGGAAGACCAAUGAUGAUGACUGGACACUUGGUGUCAGUAACACUAAGAGCACAGAGUUCACUGUAAUGGGACUCACUUCAGGAGCAGAGUAUGUCUUUGUAGUCAGAUCAAUUAAUAAGAUUGGUCCGAGUGAGCCAAGCCUUGAAACUGAUCCACAGAUAGCAAAGGAAAGAGAAGAUGAGCCAGUUUUCCUAAUCAGUAAUGAAAUGAGGAAGACACUGAUUGUCAAAGAUGGCAGCUCAUUUACACUUAGAGUCCCAUUCAAGGGAAAGCCUGUUCCACAUGUAAUGUGGAACAAACCAGAUGUUGAUCUGAGAGUGAGGGCUGCUAUUGAUAUAACCGAUAAUUGCACAUCUAUUACAAUUGAGCAAGCUACAAGAGAUGACUCUGGGAAAUACACAGUAACUCUCCAAAAUGUUGCUGGAACUGCUACACUGACAUUAAGUGUAAAGGUCCUUGAUUCUCCAGGCCCACCAGCCCGCAUUGAAAUAAAGGAAGUCACCAAGACCUCUGCAACUAUUACAUGGGAUACUCCUGAGAAUGAAGGUGGUGCUCCAGUGAAGAACUACCUUGUUGAUCUCCGUGAGGCAACUAAAAUGGGCUGGACCAGGAUUACAGACAGUUGUCCCAGGUUGACUUAUAAAGUUAAUGAUCUUCAAGAAGGCGGUGUUUAUUAUUUCCGUGUUACUGGUGAAAAUGAGUAUGGUACAGGAGUCCCACUUGAGACCAAAGAAGGAACAAAGAUUACAGAAAAACCAAGUCCACCACCUAAGCUUGGAGUCACUGAUGUAACAAAAGACAGUGUUUCACUAGCAUGGCUUAAACCAGAACAUGAUGGAGGUAGCAGAAUUACAAAUUACUUGGUUGAGGCUCUUGAAAAAGGACAACAAAAGUGGAUAAAGUGUGGUUCCACCAAAUCAACUCACUUUGUUGUCUAUGGAUUGAGAGAAAAUGCUGAAUACUACUUUAGAGUUCGGGCUGAAAACCAUGCUGGACUGAGCGACUUCAAGGACAUGGUUUUACCCGUGCUUGUAAAAGACCAGCUGGAGGCACCUGAAAUUAACAUGAAGGACUUUCAACACAACACUGCCUAUGUUAAAGCAGGUUCAAAUCUAAAGAUUGAGAUCCCCCUCACUGGUAAACCAUUACCAAAAGUAUCCCUUUCUAAGGAUGGACAAGUUCUAAAGUCAACCAUGAGAUUCAACUCUGAUGUGACAACUGACUCACUAAUAAUCUCUUUGCGUGAGAGUGUUGCUUCGGAUGCAGGCAGAUAUGAUAUCACAGCUUCCAACUCCAGUGGAACCACAAAGUCUUUUGUAAAUAUUGUGGUCCUUGACAGACCAAGCCCACCAGUUGGUCCUGUUGAAAUGUGUGAUAUCACAGAGGACAGUGUCAGUCUGAAAUGGUUGCCUCCUGCUUAUGAUGGUGGUAGCCCAAUUACCAACUACAUCAUUUUGAAACGUGAGACCACUACUGCAAACUGGAUAGAAGUCUCAUCAGCUGUUGCACGAUGCACAAUCAAGAUCAUGAAGCUGGUUACUGGAGUUGAGUACCAGUUUAGAAUCAGGGCUGAGAAUCGCUUUGGCAUCAGUGACCACAUUGAUUCACCUACUGUUACAGUCAGUCUUCCAUACACGCUCCCCGUGGCACCUUCACAGCCAUGGGUGUCAGCUGUAACAAAGGAAAGUAUUACUGUUAACUGGAAGGAGCCCUCUUCGGAUGGUGGAAGCCAUGUCUUUGGAUAUCACCUUCAGAUGAAAGACAGAAACAGCAUUCUUUGGCAGAAAGUUAACACAACUGUUAUCCGUGCUACACACUACAAAGUAUCAAACGUAAAUGCUGGUCUGAUCUAUGAGUUUAAGGUUUCAGCUGAAAAUGCUGCUGGUAUUGGUCCAGUUAGCAAGCCCUCGGAUGCUGUGCUUGCAAUUGAUGCUUGUGAACCUCCAAACAACCUCAGAGUCACUGAUAUCACAAAGGGUUCAAUUAGCCUCGCAUGGGAGAAACCAUCAUAUGAUGGAGGAAGUAAAAUUACUGGAUAUUUGAUUGAAAGAAAAGAUGGUCCAAAAGGCAGAUGGUCAAAAGCUAAUUUGACAAAUGUUACUGACACAAAGUUCACUGUAUCAGGCUUGAUUCAGAAUGAAUCUUAUGAAUUCCGAGUCAUGGCUAAGAAUGCAGUUGGCUCCAUUAGUAAUCCAUCAGCAACUGUUGGACCAGUCACAUGUGUGGACACAUAUGGUGCCCCUCAGAUUGAACUUCCGUCAGAAUAUCUUGAUGUUGUGAAAUACAAAGCAAGUGCUACAGUUGAGCUUAAAAUUGGAAUUAUUGCUAAACCUCAACCAACAAUUGAAUGGUACAAGGAUGGAAAAGAGCUUGAGUCUGGUGCUCAGAUUUCCAUUUCCAACACCACUGAGUUUGCAUACAUCUCAGUUAGGGAAGCCACCCGUUUGAAUACUGGAACAUAUGAACUCAAGAUCAAGAACUCUUUAGGCUCAGCAUAUGCUGCUGUUAGAGUACUUGUCCAAGACAAACCAGGACCCCCUGCUGGAGAGAUACAAUUCAAGAAAAUCAGAGCAGACACUAUGACUAUCAUGUGGGAUCCUCCAGCUGAUGAAGGUGGUGCAAUGGUUACCCACUACAUUGUGGAGAAACGUGAAACAAGCAGAAUUUUGUGGUCUAUUAUCUCAGAAAAACUAGAAGACUGUAUUGUCACAGUCCCAAGGCUGAUUAAGGGCAAUGAAUACAUAUUCCGUGUUCGUGGUGUAAACAAAUAUGGAGUUGGAGAUCCUCUGGAAUCUAGACCAGUAAUUGCACAGAAUUCCUUUGUUCCUCCUAGUCGACCUUCUAAACCCCAAGUCACUUUAAUUACCAGGUCAACAAUGACUGUGGUAUGGGAAAGACCAAGUUUAGAUGGGGGCAGUGACAUUGAUGGAUAUUACUUAGAGAAGCGGGAGAAGAAAAGUCUACAGUGGUUCAAGGUUAUUAAAGAUCCAAUUCGUGAUACAAGACAGAAAGUCAGCAACCUCACAGAAGGAAAUGAAUAUCAGUAUCGUGUCUGUGCAAUCAACAAAGCUGGAGCAGGCCCAUAUUCUGAUGUGUCAAUCUUCUACAAAGCUUAUGACCCAAUUGAUCCACCAAGUGAGCCAACCAAGCUCAAAGUUGUUGAUUCAACAAAGACAUCUAUUACCCUUGGAUGGGUCAAGCCUGUCUAUGAUGGUGGCAGUGAAAUUACAAGCUAUGUUGUUGAACAAAAAAUGGCAGAUGAGACUGAAUGGGUCACUAUAAGUUCUAGAGGAGAAGUAAGAACAACUGAGUUUGUAGUGUCCCACUUGAAACCUGGAAUAUACUACUACUUCCGUGUCUCUGCUGUUAAUUGUGUUGGAACUGGACGUUCAAUUGAGAUGAUACAGCCAGUGCAAGCCAAAGAUAUUCUGGAGGAGGCAGAUGUGGAUCUUGACAUCUCAAUGUCAACUCAGUACAUAGCAAAGGCUGGUAGAGAUGUGGAAAUUGUAAUCCCUAUUAAGGGUAGACCUGCUCCAAAUGUAACAUGGAGAAAGGGAGACAAAAACAUUAGUGGUGAUACAAGAUAUGUAAUCAGAAACACAGAAUACUCAACUACACUCAUAAUUCCAAAGGUCACAAGGGAUGACACUGGCAAAUAUCUUCUUGAAGUUGAAAAUGGGGUGGGAGAGCCAAAAACCAUCCCAGUGUCUGUUAAGGUAUUAGACACACCAUCUGCUUGUAAUAGGUUGAUAGUGAAGAAUGUGACACGAGGUAAACUCACUUUGAGCUGGGAACCACCUUCUAUAGAUGGCGGCUCUCCAAUCACAAAUUAUGUUGUUGAAAAGAAGGAUGCUAAAAUGAAGGCAUUCACCAUUGUGACAAAUGAAUGUGCCAAUACAACCUACAAGGUUGAUGGUCUGUCCGAAGAAAUUUCCUAUUUUUUCCGUGUUUCUGCUGAAAAUGAAUAUGGCGUUGGUGAUCCUUGUGAAACUGCACAACCUGUGCGAGCAACUGAGAUGCCUGGAGCUGUAAAAGACCUUUCGUUGAUGGAUUCAACUAGUACAUCUGUAUCAUUGGCAUGGACAAAGCCUGAUCAUGAUGGCGGCAGUCAUAUUUCUGAGUACAUUAUUGAGAGGAAAACAAAGGAAGAAGAAGUGUGGAGUAUUGGUGGUACAUGCAGACGUUGCCAGUAUGAGGUAACUCACCUUAAAGAGCUUUCAGAAGUUUACUUUAGAGUUUUUGCAAAAAAUGAGAAGGGCCGCAGUGACUUCUCUCAAAUUGGACCUAUCACUGUAAAGGAACUCCUUAUACAGCCUGAGGCAAACCUUAUUGAUUAUCCUAAUUCAGAAUUAAGUGUUCGCAUUGGACAAAAUGUGAAUAUUGAUUUGCCCUACAAGGGUAAACCAACACCAACAAUCCAGUGGAUGAAAGAUGAUGUGCCACUCAAGGAAAGUGAACAAGUUCGUUUUAGACAAACUGAGAACAAGGCAAGUCUCAUUGUAAGAAAUACAAGAAAGGAGAACGCAGGAAAGUACACCUUGGUCCUUGAUAACAAAUUUGUCAAGAAUUUCUUUGACAUUAAAGUCAUUACACUUGGGCCACCCUCUCAGCCUAUAGGCCCAGUUCGUUUUGAUGAAAUUAAAGCCCAGAGUAUUAUUAUCUCAUGGGAUGAACCCCAGGAUAACGGUGGUGGCGAGAUCACCUGCUAUAGUGUAGAAAAGCGAGAGACAUCUCAAGCAGCAUGGAAGAUGGUUUGCUCUAGUGUGGUAAGGACCUCAUUCAAGAUACCAAAUUUGGUUAAGGGUACUGAAUACCAAUUUAGGGUGCGUGCAGAGAACAAAUAUGGAAUGAGCGAGCCUUUAACCUCAUCAGAUGUGGUUGCUCAACACCAAUACAAGCCACCAGGUCCACCAGGAAAACCUGUAGUAUUCAAUGUUACAAGUGAUGGCAUGACUGUUCAGUGGGAAGCACCAGGAUUUGAUGGUGGUUCUCCAAUCACUGGAUAUCAUCUUGAGAAAAAAGACAGGAACAGCUUAUUGUGGAUGAAAGUGAAUUCCAAUGUUAUCUCUGGAAGGGAAUACAGAGCCAUUGGACUUCUUGAAGGUCUGGAGUAUUCAUUCAGAGUUUAUGCCCAAAACAAUGCAGGAAUGAGUCCAGUCAGUGAACAGAGCAAGCACAGACUGGCAAUUUCCCCAGUUGAUCCUCCUGGCACACCUAACUGCAUUGAUGUUACAAGAGACUCGGUAACACUUCAGUGGGAACCACCAAAGCGUGAUGGAGGCAGUAGGAUUGUGGCAUACAGUGUUGAAAGGCGUCAAGGAAGAGCACGUUGGUUGAGAUGCAAUUUCAUUGACAUCAGUGAAUGUCAAUUUACUGUAACGGGCCUUUCUGCUGGUGAUCGCUUUGAAUUUAGGGUAAUUGCCAGGAAUGCUGUUGGAACAGUUAGUCCUCCUUCUCAGUCAUCUGGCUACAUCAUGACCAAGGAUGAAAGUGUCAUUCCUGAGAUUGUGUUUGAAGCUGAGAAGACCCUCACUAUCAAGGCAGGAGAAAAUAUUAAACUCAACUGCAGUAUAAGUGGACGUCCUGUACCUCAAGUCACAUGGUACAAAGAUGGCAAGGAAGUUGAUAAAAUGCUGGUUGACAUCACAACUGUUAUUGGAUCAAGCUCACUUUUCAUCAGAGAUGCUGACCGCAAUGACCGUGGUAUCUACACAGUUGAGGCCAAGAACAGUUCAGGCACAACUAAAGUGGAUGUUCUUGUCCGAGUACAAGAUACCCCUGGACCACCUGAGGGCCCACUUCGAUUCACAAAUAUAUCUGCAGAGAAAGCAACUCUUUGGUGGAGCCCACCUGAAAACGAUGGCUGUGCGCCUAUCACUAAUUAUGUAAUUGAGAAGCGUGAGACUUCCAGAAUUUCUUGGGCACUUGUAACAUCCAAGUGUGAAGCCUGCUCCUUUAAUGCCACAAAACUGAUUAAAGGCAAUGAAUAUCAGUUCCGUGUCUCUGCUGUCAACAAAUUUGGUGUGGGCAAGCCACUAGAGUCUGAUCCAAUCAUUGCUCAGAUGCAGUACACUGUACCAGAUGCUCCUGGAACACCUGACUGCACUCAUGUGACAGGAAACAGUAUCACCCUAUGCUGGACAAGACCAAGGCAUGAUGGUGGAAAUGAGAUUAAGCAAUACAUUCUUGAAAGACGAGAAAAGAAGAGCUUAAGAUGGGUGAAGGUUUCUGCAAAGCGACCAAUAACUGAGCUUAGGCAUAGAGUAACAAACCUUACAGAAGGAAAUGAAUAUGAAUUCCGUGUUAUGGCUGAAAAUGGCGCUGGAAUUGGACCUGCAAGUGGUACAUCCAGACUGUUCAAGUGCAGAGAACCAACAAGUGCACCCAGUGCACCAACUCUGGUGAAGGUCAUUGAUUCUACCAAGAUGUCUGUUACCUUGGAAUGGACCAAACCAGUGUUUGACGGUGGUAUGCAAAUCAUUGGUUACAUUAUUGAGAUGUGCAAGGCGAGCCUUGAGGAAUGGCACAGAGUCAACAACCAGACUUGCAUCCACACACAUUACACAGUAACAGAGUUGGAACCUGGUGAAGAAUAUAAAUUCCGUGUGUGUGCAGUCAAUGGUGCUGGCAAGGGAGAAUUCUCUGAGACUCCAAAUGUAGUACAAGCUGUUGAUAGACUGACCUCACCUGAAAUUGAUAUAGAUGCAGACUUCAAGCAGACACAUGUUGUAAAGAACGGCGGAACAGUUGCACUUCAUAUUCCCUUCCGUGGAAAACCAGCCCCACUUGCCACAUGGACCAAGGCAGAUGGAGAUCUUGGGGUAAUGGUUGAUAUUAAUACAACAGACACAUUCAGCACUUUGACAAUUGAAAAUUGCACCAGAUAUGAUGCUGGCAAGUAUACACUCUCUCUUGAAAACAACAGUGGUCGUAAAACCAUCACGUUAACAGUCAAAGUGUUGGACACACCUGGCCCUCCUGGACCUCUCUCAUUCAAGGAUGUGACAAGAGGUGCUCUAACACUCAUGUGGGAUGCACCAUCCAAUGAUGGAGGUGCACGUGUUCAUCACUAUAUCAUUGAAAAGCGAGAAGCAAGUCGAUUAAGUUGGCAAGAGGUUAGUGAAAAGUGUACACGUCAAAUAUUGAGAGUGACCAACCUUGAUAUUGGUGUCGCAUAUUUCUUCCGGGUUAUUGCUGAAAAUCAGUACGGCAAAGGUGAGCCAUUUGAAAUGACAGAACCUAUUAUAGCCACAGAAGAACCUGCACCUCCUAAGAGACUGGAUAUCAUUGAUACUACAUCCUCAACAGCCAGCUUGGUAUGGAUGAAGCCUGAGCACGAUGGAGGAAGCCGCAUUACUGGUUACAUUGUUGAAACUAGAAAGAAAGGUUCAGAUCACUGGGUUGUAGGUGGUCAAACUAAAUCUUUGAAAAUGGUUCUUGAAGGCUUGGUAGAAAACACUGAAUAUGAAUUCCGUGUUAAGGCUCAAAAUGAUGCUGGCAUUAGUCACCCAAGAGAUGCACUAGCCUCUGUCAUUAUAAAGGAGCCACGUAUAGAGCCAACAGCGGAUCUCAGUGGCAUAGAGAAACAGUUAAUCAUUUGCAAAACUGGAAAUUCCUUUGCUGUAGAUAUUCCAAUCAGUGGCAGACCAGCUCCCAAGGUAACAUGGAAGCUUGAAGAAAUGAAACUUAAAGAAACAGACAGAGUAUCGAUUAAGAUUUCUAAAGACAGAACAACUUUACUGGUUAAGGAUGCCAAGAGAGGCGACAGUGGAAAGUACUAUCUCACACUUGAAAAUGCAGCGGGAUCAAAAACAUUCACGGUCACUGUCAAUGUCAUUGGUAGACCAUCCAUACCAGUUGGACCUGUUGAAGUUUCAGGAAUAUCAUCAGAAUCCUGUGUAUUGACUUGGGGAGAACCUACAGAUGAUGGUGGAACAGACAUAACCAAUUAUAUUGUUGAAAAACGUGAGUCUGGCUCCACCACAUGGCAGGUUGUGAAUUCAAGCGUGAAACGGACUACCAUCAAAGUAACUCACCUCACAAAGUACAUGGAGUACACUUUCAGAGUCUGUGCUGAGAACAAGUUUGGUGUUAGCAAGUCUAUUGAAUCUCAAGCUAUUGUUGCUGAGCAUCCAUUCAUUUCACCAAGCCCACCAACUCGCCCUGAUGUAGUCUCAGUGUCUGCUAAUGCAAUUUCUAUCCACUGGGAUGUGCCGUAUCAUGAUGGUGGAAGCCAAGUAACUGGAUAUUGGAUUGAAAAGAAGGAGCGUAAUACCAUUCUCUGGGUCAGGGAGAACAAAAUUCCUUGCCUUGAGUGUCACUACAAGGUCUCUAACCUUAUUGAGGGCCUUGAGUAUCAGUUCAGAGUAUAUGCAAUGAACAUCGCUGGGUUAAGUAAAGCAAGUGAACCCUCACGACCAGUACUGGCUUUAAAUCCAGUUGAUCCACCUGGCAAACCAGAGGUAUAUGAUAUAACUAAGACCUCAGUCUCUAUUAGAUGGUCUACACCAUUUAAUGAUGGUGGCAGCAAGAUUGUUGGAUAUGUGGUUGAACGCAAGGCAUUCAGUGAUGAUGAAGAAGCUCGUUGGUUGAAGUGCAACUACACUACAAUCACAGAAAACGUCUUUACAAUUACAUCACUCCAUGAGGGAGAGCAGUAUGAAUUCCGUGUUAUUGCCAGAAAUGGUGCUGGAGUCCACAGCAUGGCAUCUGAAACAACUGGACUUAUUACAUGCAAAGAUGAAUAUACACCACCAAAAGCUGAGCUGGACAGUAAACUUGUGGGUGAGACAAUCACUAUUAGAGCAGGAUCAGACUUGGUUCUUGAUGCUGCCGUUGGUGGAAAACCAGAGCCUAAGGUUUACUGGGCCAAGGGUGACAAGGAACUGGAACUUGGAGAGAAAUACUCACUGACAUACACAAGUACAAGAGCAAUGGCAAUUAUUAAGUCAUGUGAUAGAAAUGAUACUGGAAGAUAUAUUCUUACUGUGAAGAAUGCAAGUGGAAUAAAAACAGCUGCUGUCAAUGUUAAAGUACUUGAUACACCUGGCGCACCUGAGGGUACAAUAACAAUUAGCAGGGUCACAGAAGAGAAAUGCACAGUUUCUUGGAGGAUUCCUAUGGAGGAUGGUGGAGAUCGUGUCACUCACUAUAUUGUUGAGAGACGUGAGACCAGUAGGCUCAAUUGGGUCAUCAUGGAAUCUGAAUGCAAGACUCUGUCUUGUGUCAGCACAAAACUGAUCAAGAACAAUGAGUACAUUUUCCGUGUCAGAGGUGUAAAUAAAUAUGGGCCUGGUGUACCCCUAGAGUCUGAACCAGUUAUUGCAAGAAAUGCAUACACUGUUCCAACACCUCCUGGAGCACCAGACAUUACUGCUGUUGGAAAGGAACAUGUCAUUAUUGAGUGGCUGAAGCCAGAGAGUGAUGGCGGAAGUGAAAUCAAAAACUACCUUGUGGAUAAACGUGAGAAGAGUAGUGUUAGAUGGACAAGAGUAAACAAAACCUACACCAUUUAUGAUACACGCCUCAAAAUCACUGGUCUCCUUGAGGGUAGCGAUUAUCAGUUCCGUGUUUCAGCUGUCAAUGCUGCUGGCACCAGUGUUCCAAGUGAUGCAUCUCAGUAUGCUCACUGUAAAGACCCCACAUAUACCCCAGCUCCACCAUCCGUUCCUCGAGUUACAGACAGCACAAAACACAGUAUUAGCAUAACAUGGACACGACCAAUGUAUGAUGGUGGAUCCGAUGUCGCAGGCUAUGUUGUUGAGAUUCUGGAGGAGGGAACAGAGCAAUGGUAUAGAGCCACCCAGAAAAUACUGACAAGUACUCAGUACACAGUAGCUGGUCUGGCAAGUAACAAAAAGUACAGCUUUAGAGUGGCUGCAGUCAAUGCUAUGGGUACUGGAGAGUUCAGUGAAGGCAGUAUUGAGGCUGCACCUGCAGAAAAAGUUGAAAUUCCUGAUAUUGAGCUACCUGAUGAACUGAAGAAGACUGUUUGCAUUAGAUCUGGCAAUACUUUACGUCUUAAUGUAACUAUAACUGGAAGACCUGCACCAGUUAUUUCCUGGAGAAAGACUGGAAUUGACCUACAGUCCCGUGGAUUCAUAGAUACUACAGAAAACACUACAACUUUAAUAGUAGAGAAGGUUCAUCGUUAUGAUGCUGGAAAAUACACAGUUGAGGCAGAGAAUCCAUCUGGCAAGAAAGUAAUUACCAUUCUUGUCAAAGUUUAUGAUACUCCUGGACCAUGCGGUGCAGUAAAUGUUAAAGAUUACACAAAAGAGUCUGUUGUAAUCACAUGGGAUGUGCCUACUGUUGAUGGAGGUGCUCCUAUCAACAACUACAUAAUUGAGAAGCGUGAAGCUUCAAUGAAAUCUUACAAAACAGUGACAACAGAAUGCAAGAAGACAUUAUACAGAAUCACUGGACUGGAAGAAGGAACACAAUACUUCUUUAGGGUAUUGCCUGAGAACAUAUAUGGUAUUGGAGAACCUUGUGAAAUUACUGAUCCAGUAUUGGUUUGUGAAGUUCCAUCUGUUCCACAAGAUCUGUACUUAAUCGAUACCACAAAAUCUACUGUCAUUCUUGGAUGGGACAAACCACUUCACGAUGGUGGUAGCAGACUUUCUGGUUAUGUUAUCGAAGCCUGCAAAACUGGAAGUGACCGCUGGAUGAAUGUCGCUAAUGUGAAAUCAUCUGUGCUACAGCACACAGUUGUCUCACUGAAUGAAAAUGAGCAAUAUCUCUUCAGAAUCAGAGCUGAAAAUAGCAGAGGUGUUAGUGAGCCAAGAGAUCUCAUGACACCUGUAACAAUACAAGAACAGAGAGUCAUGCCAAAGAUUGACUUGACUGGAAUCCCACAAAAGAUUGUCAAUGUGCCAGCUGGUAAGCCAAUUGUACUCAACAUUCCCAUUAAAGGUAGACCUGCACCAGUGUGUUCAUGGUUCUUUGGUGGAGUUAAGAUGAAGGACACGCUUGACCGCAUCAAGAUUGAGACAACUGCUAAGUUCACUAAACUGACAGUCCGUGAAACCACAAUUGAUGAUACUGGUGACUAUACUCUUGAAGUGAAAAAUGUCACUGGAACAGCAACUGAGGUCAUCAAAGUCAUCAUUCUUGAUAAACCUGGAAUACCUGUUGGGCCUAUGAAAAUUGAGGAGGUUGAUGCCGCAUCUGUGACCUGCAGCUGGGAACCACCACUGAAAGAUGGAGGCGCAAAUGUCAGUGGCUACAUUGUUGAGCAGAGGGAUGCACAUCGACCUGGAUGGAUGUCAGUGUCUGAAUCUGUCACAAGACCCAUGUUCAAAUUUACAAGACUUGUGGAAGGAACUGAAUAUGUAUUCCGUGUUGCUGCAACAAAUCGUUUUGGUAUUGGCGGGUUCUUGCAAUCUGAAGUUGUUGAGUGCAAGAGUGCCAAAACUGUACCGGGAGCGCCCAGCACACCUGAAAUACUUGAUGUGUCUCACGAUGGCAUGACACUUACUUGGAUACCACCCGAGGAUAAUGGUGGUUCUACUAUUGCUGGCUACAUAAUUGAGCGAAAAGAGGCUGGAUCUGACAGAUGGAUUCGUAUCAAUAAGAAUCCAGUAACCAUGACAAGAUACAGAGCCACAGGACUUAUCGAGGGUCUUGAAUAUGAAUAUAGAGUUACAGCUAUCAACUCCAGAGGCUCAGGAAAACCAAGUGCGAACUCUAAGCCAACUAUUGCAAUGGAUCCUAUCGAGCCUCCUGGUAUUCCACUGAACCCAAGAGUCACAGAUACCACAAGAACAUCAGUUUCACUUGCUUGGUGUCCUCCAGAGGAAGAGGGAGGUGCUGCUAUAACUGGCUAUCUAAUUGAGAUGCAGAAGGUUGACCAGGUUGAAUGGACAAAAUGCAACACAACACCAACAAAGAUUUGUGAAUACACUUUGACACACAUGCCUCAGGGAGCUGAAUACAAGUUCCGUGUGAUGGCAUGUAAUCCUGGUGGACCUGGAGAACCAGCUGAGAUCCCAGGGGUGGUAAAAGUUACAGAAAUGCUUGAAUAUCCUGAUUUUGAGCUAGAUAAAAUCUACCAGGAAGGCUAUGUUGUCAGGCAAGGUGGUGUCAUCAGGCUAUCUGUGCCCAUCAAGGGCAAACCCUUCCCAACAUGCAAGUGGACAAAGGAAGGUCGUGACAUUUCUCACAGAGCUAUGAUUGCAACCAGUGAAGAACGAACUGAGCUUGUGAUUAAGGAAGCCCACAGAGAUGACACUGGCACCUAUGACCUUGUGUUGGAAAACAAAUGUGGAAAGAAAGCCGUUUAUAUUAAGGUCAAAGUUAUUGGGCGUCCGGAUCCACCUGAGGGUCCUCUUGAAUUUGAUGAUAUUCAGGCACGUUCUGUCAGAGUGAGCUGGAGACCACCCUCAGAAGAUGGAGGCUCUGAUAUCUUUGGUUAUAUUGUGGAGAGGCGAGAGGUGCCUAAAGCAGCUUGGUACACUGUAGACUCACGAGUGGUUGAUACAUCACUUGUGGUCAAAGGACUAAAGGAGAAUGUUGAAUAUCAUUUCAAGAUUACAGCAGAGAACCAGUUUGGCAUAAGCAAAUCCUUGAAAUCAGAUGAAUCUGUUACACCAAAGACUCCUCUUUGUCCACCAGAACCUCCUAGUUUCCCUCCAGAAAUCAUGGAUGUUACAAAGACCACAAUUGGCCUGUCCUGGUCAAGACCAAAGGAUGAUGGUGGAUCUCGUGUAACAGGAUACUAUGUUGAAAGAAGAGAGGUUUCCACUGAGAAGUGGGUGCGUCACAACAAGACUCAUAUCACAACAACAAUGUAUACUCUAACUGGUCUCAUCCCAGAUGCAGAGUAUCAGUUCCGUGUGAUUGCUCAAAAUGAUAUUGGCCAAAGUGAGCCUGGACCAGUAUCUGAGUCAGUUGUGUGCAAAGAUCCAUUUGAUAAGCCAGGUCAACCUGGUGAGAUUGACAUCAUUUCUAUAACCAAGGACUGCAUAACCAUUCACUGGUUACGUCCAGAAUCUGAUGGUGGAAAAGAGAUCCUUGGGUACUGGAUUGAAUUCAGGCAAGCAGGUGAAAGUGCUUGGAAGAAAUGCAACAAAGAGCGUUCAAAGGAUAGACAGUUUACCAUGGGUGGACUCAUGGAAGCUACAGAAUAUGAGUUUAGAGUGUUUGCUGAAAAUGAAACAGGACUAAGUAGACCAAGAAGAACAGCAAUGGGCAUCAAAACCAAACUGAGUGUUGGGGAGGCUCCAUGCUUGAAAGAGGAAAUCAAAGAUACUACCACUAAACUAGGAGAAUCUGGAACAAUGACAUGCCAAAUUAUUGGAAGACCUCUUCCUGAAAUCAAAUGGUAUAGAUAUGGAAAGGAACUGAUCCAGAGCCGAAAAUACAAGAUGAGCUCUGAUGGACGAAAUCACUCUCUAACAGUAUUGACAGAUGAACAAGAAGAUGAAGGCGUGUACACAUGCAGAGCUGUCAAUGAGGCAGGGGAAAUUGAGACCAGUGGCAAGCUUCUGUUGCAGGCUGCACCACAAUUCCAUCCUGGAUUCCCACUGAAGGAGAAAUACUAUGCAGGUUGUGGAACAAGCCUACGUCUCCAUGUUGUUUACAUUGGACGUCCUAUUCCACAAAUCAUGUGGUUCUAUGGCAAGAAGCCUCUUAAUCCAUCUGAAAACGUCAUAAUUGAAAACACUGAAAGUUACACUCACUUAGUUAUCAGAAAUGUCCAACGUAAGACAAAUGCUGGAAGAUAUAAGGUGCAAAUGAGCAACAAAUUUGGCACAGUGGAUACUGUUCUCCGUGUUGAAAUCCAAGAUAAGCCUCUCAUGCCUGAAGGACCAGUUGUUGUUGAUGCUCUCUUGAAGAGUUCUGUGAUCAUUAGCUGGAAACCACCCAAGGAUGAUGGUGGAUCAAUGAUCACAAAUUACAUUGUAGAGAAACGUGAAGCAAAGGAGGGUGAACAAUGGCAUCUUGUGUCAUCAGCUGUCUCUGGAACCACAUGCCGUGUUCCGAACCUUAUUGAGAGUGCUGGAUAUUACUUCCGAGUUUCUGCACAGAAUCAGUAUGGAAUAAGUGAACCUCUUGAGAUUCCAUCAGUUGUCAUUAUCAAGAGUCCAUUUGAGAAACCUGGAAUCCCACAAAAGCCAUUUGUUUCUUCUGUAACAAAGGAUUCAUGUGUUGUUUCUUGGAAAGCACCAACCAGUGAUGGAGGUGCCAAAAUUAAGAACUAUUAUCUUGAAAAAAGAGAGAAGAAGCAGAACAAAUGGAUUGCAGUUACUACAGACGAAAUCCAUGAGACAUCUUACACUGUUAAAGGCCUUCUUGAAGGUUUUGAAUAUGAAUUCCGUGUUAAAUGUGAAAAUAUUGGUGGAGAGAGUGACUGGAGUGAGAUUUCAGAACCAGUCAUUCCAAAAUCAGAUGCAGCUCUCCGUGCCCCAUUCUUUAAGGAAGAAUUGAGAGACAUGUGUGUCAAGUACAAAGCAACUGCAACCUUUGUCACAAAGGUUAUUGGACAUCCCAAGCCAGUGGUUAAAUGGUUCAAGAAUGGCAAAGAAAUUUUACCUGAUGGAGAGAAAAUAAAGAUCCAAGAAUUUAAAGGUGGUUACUUCCAACUUGUUAUCACCAAUGCUGAUGAGAAUGAUGCUGCUGUUUACCAAAUUAGAGCUACCAAUCAGCUUGGAUCAAUCUCCAAAAGUAUGAACCUAGAGGUUGAGGUUCCUGCCAAGAUUCACUUGCCAUUACAUCUUCAAGGAAUGGGAGCUGUUCAUGCCAUUCGUGGUGAAGUAGUUACCAUUAAAAUUCCAAUUAGUGGCAAACCUGAUCCUGUUGUGACAUGGCAAAAGGGACAAGAGAUAAUUAAUAAUACAGCUUAUCAUCAAGUAAUUAUAACAAGAUCAUUCACCUCCCUUGUGUUCCUUAAGGGAGUACAAAGGAAGGAUUCAGGCUAUUACAUCAUUUGUGCCAAAAAUCGAUUUGGUGUGGAUAAACAGACUGUUGAACUUGCUGUUGCUGAUGUCCCUGAUGCACCAAAAAAUAUUAAAGUCAGUGAUAUUGGUAGAGAUACACUCACCCUCACUUGGAGUCCUGGAAAUGAUGGAGGAAGUGAAAUUAUCAAUUACAUUAUAGAAAAGUGCCCAACCACUGGAGACAGAUGGAUUCGUGUUGCUCAGACAUCUGAGACCCAAUACACUGUGAUGAGCCUCUUUGGCAAAACAAAAUAUCAGUUCCGUGUGAUUGCAGAAAAUCAGUUUGGCUUGAGUUCUCCAUCUGUGCCAACUGAUCCUGUGACAACGAAAGAAGACAAGUUAGCAAUUCGAAACUAUGAUGAGGAAGUGGAUGAAACAAGAGAGAUUACAAAGGAGGAGGCGCCACAUUCAAAAGUCAAACAUCUGCAAUCUCUGUACACAAUCUCUGAGGAACUUGCACGCAAUGGACAGUUUGGCAUCGCACAUCGCUGUAUAGAAAUUAGCUCCAAGAAGACAUUCUUGGCAAAAUUCAUCAAAGUUAAAGGUGCUGAUCGAGAGCUGGUUGCAAGAGAAAUUGAGACACUCAACAUUGCAAGACAUAAAAACAUUGUUUAUCUUCAUGAAUCCUUUGAUAGCCUAGAAGAAUACGUCCUUAUCUAUGAAUUCAUAUCUGGUAUGGACAUCUUUGAGCGUCUUGGUACAAACUUUGACCUUACAGAGCAAGAAAUUGUUCGGUAUAUGAGACAAGUGUGUGGCGCCCUAAAGUUCUUGCACAGUCUCAACUACUGUCAUUUUGAUAUCAGACCUGAUAACAUUGUUUAUUCUACAAGAAAGAGUAGUACAAUCAAGAUAAUUGAAAUGGGACAAGCUAGGUUGCUUACACCUGGAGAAAACAUUAGGAUUCAGUUCACUGCCCCUGAGUACUGUGCACCUGAAAUCCACAACAGUGAUUUCGUCACCACUGCCACUGACAUGUGGUCUGUAGGUGUUCUUGCAUAUGUCCUACUUGGUGGACUUAAUCCAUUUGCUGCUGAAUCACACCAGAAAAUGGUUGAGCACAUUUCAAAUGCAGAGUAUGUUUUUGACAGCGAAGCCUUUAAAGAGACCAGCAUUGAGGGUAUGGACUUUGUCGACAGACUGCUGACUAAAGACCGCAAACUACGUAUGACUGCCUCUGAAGCUUUGGAGCACCCUUGGCUUAAGAUGAAAUUGGAACAUGUUAGUUCAAAGGUCAUUAAGACUUUGAGACACAGAAGAUACUACCAAUCGCUGGUGAAAAAGGAAUGGAGUGCUGUUAUUUCAGCAGCUCGUAUUGCCUAUGGUGGUGGUUACAGAAACCAGAGAAAUGUUUCAAUUGGCAGAGUGAAGGUUGGGCAUCCUGAACAAGGCUUGAGAGCAGGUCCUGUCAUGCAUGGCUCUGCUGAAGAGGGAGGACAUGUCAGGUUUGUGUGCUGCCUUGAGAACUAUGACAGAAACACCGAAGUGACCUGGUACUUUGGUUCCCGUAAACUGACUGCAAGCCACAAAUAUGAAAUCAAUUAUGCAAAUGGAGUAGCUAGCAUCUAUGUUAAAGACAUUGAAGAAUGUGACGAUGGAUUAUAUAGAUGCAAGGCUGUCAGUGAAGACAGGGAGGACAGUGCAUACGCUGAGUUGUUUGUUGAGACUGUGAGGUCUCACCAAGAAUACUAUCUGGGACGCUCGCUCAAGAAACCAAGGCGUAGAAUUGACAAAACAAAAAUUUUGCAGAGGCCACCUGAGUUUACUUUGCCAUUAUACAACCGUGCAGCAUACAUUGGUGAAGAUGUGCGCUUUGGUGUAACGAUUACAGUCCAUCCAGAGCCGAGUGUUACAUGGUUAAAGGCCGGGCACAGAAUCAAACCAGAUUCUAAAAAAUACACAUUCACAAGUGACAAGGGUCUUUAUCAACUCAUGAUACACAAUGUCGACCUAAGUGAUGAUGCUGAAUACACUGUCGUGGCAAACAACAAGUUUGGUGAGGACAGCUGCAAGGCUCGUCUUACUGUAACACCACAUGUUGUUCCAGAGGACACUAUGAGACCAAUGUUUAAACGUCUCUUAGCUAACAUUGAGUGUGUUGAGGGUCAGAGUGUCCGCUUUGACUUGAGAGUAUCAGGAACCCCAGCGCCAACUCUAAAAUGGGAGAAAAAUGGUAAACCUCUUGAGUUCAGACCACAAGUUGAAGUCGUUCAAGAGGAUGUAGAGCAUCACGUUUUACAUAUCAGAGAAACCCUCAUAGAGGAUUCAGGCACAUACAGAGUCACAGCAACAAAUACAGCUGGAUCAGUAAGUUGUCAAGCUACUCUCAAGGUUGAACGCCUGACAUAUACAAGGAGGGAGUUUAAGAGUGAGGAAGAGAGGCAGAAAUAUGUAACGAACCAAAUAGAAAAGACACUGAAAAUGGCACAACAGUUUUCAACAGCAGAGGUUGUUACACUUAACCCCGUAGCACAAGAAGCUUUGAAAGAGGCUGCUGAAUUAUAUAAACCUGCAGUCAGCACCAAAAAUGUGCAGGGUGAGUUUGACAUCUCUGAUAAAGAGGAUCAAGAAAUAAAGAAAAUAAAAGAGGAAGAAAAGAAGAUACGUAUGCCUUACGAAAUCCCUGAAGCUCGUGCACGUGAUCUUACAGUCCUUAGUGAAGAUAAGUUGAUCAAGCACUUUGUGCCCCUAUCUGACAUGAAAUGGUACAAGAAACUACGUGAUCAGUUUGAGAUUCCUGAGAGAAUGGAAAGAAUUGUCCAGAAGAGACAGAGGCGUAUUCGUCUUUCCAGAUGGGAGCAGUUUUAUGUCAUGCCAUUGCCUAGAAUAACCGAUCAGUACAGACCAAAAUGGCGCAUUCCAAAACUCACACAGGAUGAUCUAGAGACUGUUCGACCAGCAAGAAGAUCACCAUCCCCCGAGUCAGAGGCUUCAUUCAGGCUGAGAAGACGUUCACUAGGAGAUCUUUCAGAUGAGGAGCUCCUCGAGGGUGAGGACUAUGUGACACUGAAGAGAACUGAAAAAGAAAGGCAAGAGCUUGAAGAAGAACUAGAACUUGGCUUCUCUGCCUCCCCACCCAUGGGAAGCCCUGUUCGCUUUGAGCUUUCUGCACUGCGUCAUACCUCACCGAGACCUGUUCACAAAACUGAAGUGAGACACGUAGAAGAAACAAGACAUGUAACAACAACUGAGAAAGCUCGAGGUUCUCCUCCUCCCAUUUCACAUUUCAUGAGAAGGAGGAGAUCAUUGUCUCCAACAUACAUUGAACUGAUGCGCCCUGUCUCUGAACUCAUCAGACAACCUCGUACACACAUUUCAACAGAGGCUGAAGUUGAAAUCAUUGAAAGAAGAUCACCCACCCCUGAGAGGACACGUCCUCGAUCACCAAGUCCUGUGUCAACUGAGAGACGAUCUUCCAGAUCCUCCUCUAGAUUUGAAAGGUCUACAAGAUUUGACAUCAUGUCUAGAUAUGAAGCAAGAAAAGCAGCUCUCAAAUCUGAACGCACGUAUCAGGUUGUGACACAGCAACCCUUCAGUCUUGACCAUGCUCCACGUAUAACAGUAAGAAUGCGUUCUCACCGUGUACCAUGUGGACAAAACACUAAAUUCACUUUGAAUGUUCAAUCAAAGCCAGAUGCUGAUAUCCAGUGGUUCCAUAACGGACAACAAAUACAAGAGAGCAGCAAAUACCAGUUCACAAAUAUGAGUGGAGUCCUGACUCUUCAAAUUAAUCACUGUCAGGAAGAGGAUAGUGGCACAUAUCGUGCUGUGUGCACAAAUUCAAAGGGGGAGGCAUCAGACUAUGGAACUCUUGAUGUUUCAGGUGGAGCGUUUACUACAUACUCUUCAAGACGUCGAGAUGAAGAGGCUCCAACACCAUUUGUGCCUGAUAUAACAAAAACUGAUUAUUAUCAUUCAACAACAAUCCGAGCAUCCUCUGCCUCAAGAACUCACUUGGAGAUCAAAGAAACCAAAACAAAAUUGACAGAGAAACAUGAAGUUUCUGCCUUUGAAAAGUAUGAAUCACAGAAGCUUGCAUCAUCUCCAAUUAGAUAUGCAUCCACUGAAUACCUGUCAUCAGCUUCGUAUUCAUCCUCUGAAAGACAUACAACUGAAAAACGUGUGUCAUCUGAAUCAAAGAUAAAAGAAUCAGAAACAACAUCUGAAGUAUCAGUAAAGAAAGUUAAAGCCACUCUUUCCGCCAAAAUACUCACAAAGCCACAGUCUCUGACUGUAUCUGAGGGUGACUCUGCAAGAUUUGUCUGUGAUAUUGAUGGCGAGCCAGCACCAAGUGUUACAUGGAUGCAUGAGGGAAGAACAAUUGCCUCUUCACACCGUAUUCAUGUGUCUACAACACAGUAUAAGUCCACAUUUGAAAUUUCGUCAGUUGAGCAUUCAGAUGAAGGCAGUUACACUGUAGUUGUAGAAAAUUCAGUAGGAAAACAAGAGGCAAGGUUUACUUUAACUAUUCGUAAACAAAUAAUUGAGGAAGUUACAACUACACAAGUGAAGUCACCAGAACCCUCAGUGACAUCUCCAGUGCCAUCAGUUAAAUCACCAGAGCCAUCAGUUGCAUCUCCAGUGCCAUCAGUAAAGUCCCCAGAGCCCUUGGUGAAAUCCCCAGUGCCAUCUGUAAAAUCACCAGAGCCUGCAGUAAAGUCUCCUGUUCCCUCAGUUAAGUCUCCAGAACCCCAAAUUAAAACACCAGAACCCACUGGUGUCAAGUCUCCUGAACCUCGAAUGAAAUCUCCAGAGGGUGUCAAAUCCCCAUUCAAAGUGAAGUCACCAGAACCAGCCACCACUCUUCAGAGGGUAAAGUCUCCAACUCCUAUUAAGUCUCCUGAACCAACCACCCCUCAAAGAGUGAAGUCUCCGACAGCCCUGAAGUCUCCUGAGCCUAUAGCCUCACCUCCCAGGGUAAAAUCCCCACCUCCAAUCAAGUCUCCUGAGCCAGCUGCAUCACCUCUGAGAGUUAAAUCCCCUAUAGGACCUAAAUCUCCUGAACCUCAGAGAGCCAAAUCCCCACCAACAGUCAAAUCUCCUGAGCCUAUCCUGUCACCUAAAAGAGUUAAAUCUCCACUUACAGUAAAAUCCCCAACCCCCUCAAAGGAAGCACCACCAAAGAUCAUCCAGCAACUCAAAGCUGAAGCUUAUGAAGACAAAAUCAAGAUGAUUUUUGUUGCUGAGAGUUCAGUAAGAGAAGUUGUGUGGUACAAGGAUAGCAGGAAACUGAGUCAAAGUAGUCGCUACCAGAUUCAGUCAUCCGCAGAUGGAACUUGCUGUCUCUAUAUAUCUGAUGUUUCAGAGAGCGACCAAGGGGAAUACUUCUGUGAAAUCAUAAGUGAAGGAGCAGCAGUGUCAAGAAUAUCAUUCUCUUUUGUUGGUCAAGUGUUUCAAGCAGUCUACACAAAAGUUGCUGCAUUCGUGGCUACACAAAAGGCAAUUCAAGAAUCCACUUCAUCCCAAAUACGUGGGGCAGGUGAAAUGAUUCUUAAAAGGGAAAGUGCAGCUGCUAGCAGUAUGCUUGAAAGUUUUUCUUCUAAAUCCAUCCACAUGGAGAGCACAAUGCAAGAGGCAUCCUUUAGCAGUUCUUCAAUGGCUGAGAUGAAAUUUGAAACUAUGUCAAUGUCUAGCAUGUCCUCUAUGACAUCGGAGUCAGUAUAUGCCAUGAGCUCAAGCAGUAUAAUGUCAAGUCAUUCACAUGUUGAAGAAUCUUCAGUUAGAGCAGCUCUCCACAGUGCUCAAGGCUUGGCUCCAAGAAUUGAAGCUCUUCCUGAAGAUAUCAGCAUUGAAACUGGAAAGGUUCUAACAGUGGCCUGUGCUUUCUCUGGAGAGCCAGCACCUCGUAUUGAGUGGUCACGUGGUGGAAAAAAGCUGCCUAGUGAGGAAGAUAGCAGUAGGUUCCAUAUUGAGACCACAGAGGACCUAACUACACUCAUCAUCACUGGUGUAAAAGAGAGUGAUGCUGGGGCAUACACACUCAAACUUUCCAAUGAGCAUGGAUCUGACAUGGCAACUGUAACCAUCAGCAUUCGAUCAAAGUAAAGCCAUAAUUUCUACCCCCACCCCUUCCUCUAUUAAGCGACGUUGUAUUUAUUAAAUGAGCAGAAAAAAAAUCUUGAUAAAUACCUGGAUAUCUGUUCCUGUAAAUAUAAACUAUUUUUAUACCAAACUUGACAUUAAUUUAUGCCAAACUAGACUAAAGUCUAAAGUUAUUAUAAAAUAUGCCAUAUUGGAUAAUUAUGACUUAGGAUUUUUGAUCCAUUUUUCUGUGACAUGUACAUAAUGUAUAUAGCCGAAUUUAACGGUUAUGGAAAAUGUAUGAAUUGUUAUUUAUAACAAUAUUAACUGAAACAAAUGGAACUAAAUGUUUAUCAGGAGAAAGUUUCACAUGGAACGAAUACCUUGAUAAACCUGAAACUAAACUCUGUGCCUCAACAAUAAGUUGAAGUCUUAAGAUUGCCUCAGCAGGUAGAGAGGCUCCCUGUUGACGUUACACUAAAUCUGAGAGACUAAGUUAUACCUGCAUUUUUAUACGUGCAGUGAUAUUAUAACCAUACUCUUAUGCAUUGUUACUUGAACGUAAGGCCUUGAGUGCUGUUUACAUUUUACCCUCAUGUAAGCAGGGCGACUAGGCCUUGUGUUCAGACUGACUAUGUCAUACAACCAUUUUAAUGACAUGCUCAAGGUGCGAGCGGCCUGCACUUUAUGAGCAAAAAUGUUUAAUGUGCUCUGUUUCUGGCAAGGGACUGCUUGAAUAAACUUUCAAAAUUAACAUCUCCUGGCCAAUAAGGAAAGUAUAUCUUGUACUUCCUUGCAGAAGCAGAGCCUCCUCUUGGAGGUUUGCUUUGAAGCAUUGUGUGUUUGUGUGUUAGCCUUAGAAUUCACCAGAUGUUGGGCAAACAUCAAGAAAGUGUGCCACAGCAACACCACCUGCUGUGCAUUGGGAAAGAAACGGUUUAGUAUCUAAAUGCCCUACAAUUUGGUUUGACUUUAUGUAGAAUUGUAGUAUUAUCUAUUUAUGCAACCUCCUUGAGUAUUAAUGAUUCAAUAAAGCAUGUUCUCAGCACUA